AUGUCCGAGCUCGGCCGGCGCCACGGACGACGCGCGACCACCGUCGCCGCGGUCUUGGCGGCCGUCGUCUGGUCGCUGGCCGCCGCGAUGUCCGUGAACGGCCAAGACGCUGCCGCUACAGGUACGGUUAAAAAAUCUGUAGGAUUAGUUUCGGGGAGGAUUUUUUGGAAAGCGAGGGCUACAAGGUCUUUGCAAACGUAUUGUUUGAACAGGGAGUUCCUUAUAGUGUUCUUCUGAACAGUGGCAUAUCCAAACGUUGGGGUAGGUAAUGGUGUAAUGUAAUUCCCCCUUCCUAUAUUAUAGUACGCCACAUCGAGUAAAAAAAUUAUGAUAAAUAAUGCAAACACAUAUAGGCACUAUCCCGUAGAAUAAGACUUACGUCUUAAUUAACUACCCUUUUGAAUAUUUCUUGGAUAUGCCUCUGCUCUGGGAUCUCCAUUUUUAAAUAUACGAGAGCUACGUAAAUAAGGGGGACCCUCUAUAACGCUUUGUGUAUUUUCAAACUCUAUUAAUGUCCAUGUAAACCUGACUUCACGGACACCUACCUCUCACGAAGUUCUCUUGGUCGGAUCUGUGAAAAAAAAAUCCUAAACACGUUUAUUAUGAACACUAAUUGGUGUAUUAGAGUUUUAAAAAAAAUGUCAACCGUUUCUACUGAGAAAUUAAUUUUAGAAACUUACGAAGGCCUGAAAAACCCCUCAAAUUGGCUACAUGUCUGGUACACAGAGUAUUUUAUUCGUAAUAAUAAACGAUAAUUGAUUUACACCGAUAUUGAAAUUUUCAAUAGAUUCGCGUUUAUUUUGACUAGAUUUCAUUGUUUCUAUUAUUAUAUUAUAAAGUGUAAGUAGACAAGGAUCCGCAUAAAAUCACAACAAACAAUAACGCAUAUCAUUUUUGUAUCGAUAAUUUUGCAAAAAUCGAUAAUAAAUAAAAUAAAAUUUAGCUUCUGUGCGAUAUUCUCAAUGGUUUAUAACAAAAAUCAAUAUACUAACCGCAGCAAUGAAACGUUUUAGAAUGUAAAAAAAACAAAAACAAAAAGUUUGUUCGGCACAUUAAUUCGUGUGCUCCUUAUGGUUUAUGAACAUGAUUUUAAAAUAUACUCACUAAAUUUAUGUAAUAUUCAAAAAUAAAACUUUAUACCGUUUACAAACCAUUAUGAUCAAAUCGUACUAUUGCGAAAUACAUUCCUCUCUAUGUGUAUCAGCUAUAUGAUGUCCUUGAAUUUACACUCUGCCCACAUUUUUUUUCGGCUUAUAAUAUAUUUUAUAAUUUAUUUAAACAUAUCACACUGACAAUACGAUUUAAUAAUAGGUACGUAAGAAAAAUGACUUAGGUAUAGAUAUUAUAUUGUAUUAUAUUUAUAUGACAAAAUAAUGCAUAUAGGUAUCAACCUAAAUUCGUUAAUUUGUUCAUAAUAUUUACUAUAUACUUUAUGCCCAAACGAAAUUACUAACUUUGUGUACCCAAUACUUAACUUUAGCAUUAAUAUCGGUGACACAGAUAUAGAAAUUGUUGAAGGGAGUGUCAUAUGUUUACAUAUAAAAUAAUCUUAAACACGUUUUAAUACAUUUAUAUUUCCUAAACACGGAUAUGGGGGGUGGUCCAGACACCCGAAAAACCUCCUCCAUCCCUGGUUGCGCCACUGAUUAAUAUUAUAUAGGUAAUUUAUAAAUAUGUCAAUUCAUAUUAUAUAAUGUUACUCAUAAAAAUAUGAAAACCGUUCAUAAAUCAUAUCAUUUCACCGUUUUCGUAUUUUUUUUUAUUAUUGUUAACAAAUACUUGGCCACUUGAGUACGUUUAUGGGAUAAAAGAAAAGAAAAAAAACCGGUGAUUUUUUUCAUAUAAUAAAUAUUACCUAUCUAUAUAAUAAGCAUGUAUAGAAGGAUGUGGUCUAUAAUUUCGUCAAGGCCCACUAGAUAUUUGUUGACAUCGAUGUUUAACCUUCCGUGGUGGUUAAACAUUUGCGAAUAAUUCGAAGAUUUCUUUGAUAAUUUUUAGCUGUCCAACAUUAUCCGCAGCACCGACAGAUCUGCAGUAGUUAUAUUUUCGUUAUAACCGUACACGGGAAACUGAUUUUCUGGAUAUCGGUUACAACAGGCCGUAUUGCAAUUUCACGAAUCUAUUAAACUGUUUUUAACAAAAUUAUCAUAUAUGGCGGUAGGUUUAUAUACAUAGAGUUAAGUUCACGGACCCAAAACAAUAGGUAUAUUAUACAUACCACAUCGGUUUUUAUUUAAUUUUGUAUCUCCCCCCACCCCCUGUUCGACGUUUAAAAAUUGGUUCCACUGCUUGCAAACUAUAAUCUUUCGACCUCAGUCGUAAUAAUAAUCAGUAAAAGUGUACAUUAUUAUGCCAAGUGUUAAACCGAUAACAUUUAACUAUUAGACACACUAUUUAUAUCAUAAGGGAACAAUACAGUACCUAUAAUAUUUUAAUUUUCUCCCUGCGAUUAUACCUUAUGUCGAUUCAUUUUUCAACGUUCUAGAAAUACGAAAUAAACAAUAUAUAUACUAAUAUUGUAACUAAACGAAUUAUUUCCGCACUGAAUAUAUAUUUAUAGUUCAAAGGGUCUAACUCGUAGUUUUUUACAAAUUAUAAUCAAUUGCUAAUAACAAAUUGUUAUCAUUUACAAUUAAAUAGGCCUGCGAUAUGUUUUUUUUGCUAAAAACACAAUUUAGGUACGCUGUUUACAGGAUUAACUUUCUCGCUUCGUAUUGAGACGUCUAAAUUGAAUAUUUAUGGUUUUUGUUGGAAAGAGGAUAAAUUCCUACAGAGAUCGUAGGAUUUAAAUUUCGCAUUAUAUAAGCGAAAAUCAUAACAACAAAAAAUAAGUUAAACGCAACUGGUAAAAUUUGUUGGCGUAUUUAAACUCUAAAAUAUACCGUCUGGGAAUGUAUAAAUUCCAAAAUUUCCAAUUUUCAACUUCCGACGAAAGAAAAGAUCGAAAUCGAACCGCUCCAACAGAUAGAACAGUUAACCAUGUAAAGUAUAUUUUCGGGCAAAAAAACAAGUCGCGUGCAAUCCCCUUAAAAUAUUGCCAACACUCAACAUUAUUGUGUAUUCUUUAUAAGAAUUAAAAAUCGGUAUGUUAAGAUAGGAAUAAUAAAUACAUAUUAUAAAUAGCUUACACGCGGUCUCGGAGUAAUACUCGUAUUUGUUAUUCAAAUAAUACAGUUAUGCAAUGAAAAAUAGACUGUACAGUGUACUUGCAGUCCAAUAUAAAUGCGGUAAACGACGGCCUUCGCAAUUACAUAUUAAUAAUAUUGUAAACUGGUCUUUAUAUUAUUAAAACUAUAUAAAAAACCCACAUUAAUAUUUAAUAGUUUAAAACAUAUAUGAGAUAAUAUGAUUUGCAUUUUAAAACCAGCUAUAAAUAUCGUAGUAGAUAAAUAUUAUAACAUUUUAUAGAUUCACGAGUGUGGCGAAAAAGCUAUAUGAUUAUUCAUUAUACCGGGAUAAUUUGUGAUUUUUUCACGCCGUUCCUUAAAAUAUUACGCAGAUUAUGUUUCGUCCGUUGGUAUUAUAUUUACUUGAAAUAUUUGAUGAAAUCUGAACACUUCUACUUUUUCUCCCGGAAAACACUUUUAUUUACUUCGGACCGUUUUAUUUUUGUUGGUAUUUAGUUUUGCCUUGCAAGGAAAAAAUACACCACUAUAAAUAAUAUAAACUGGCUUUUUGUACUCAAAUUUUAUUUUGUUUAUGAGCAAUAGGUUAUAUCGUCAUUUUUGGUGUUUAUAAACUAUAAUAUUACUGCCCUAUAAUAUCCCAACUCCACACCUACAACAACGGCAAAUCCGUAGCGGGGCAAAGUAUGUUCGGAUGUUUUUUAAUACGGUAUAAUAAUAUUAUCGUUUAAUAUUUUUUGUAUUAUUAUCGAACAAUGUAAAAAAAUACACAUAUUACUGACGUAAAAAAUUAGCUUUUUUUUUUUUAACAAUAUUUAACAUAAAUAUACAUAGGUAUCCUACAUGUAUGUAUAUUAUAUUAUUCGUGUUUCAUUUCCCUAACCAUUAGCUUGCUAUUAUACAAUAUAACGUAAAUUUGGUAAAUAUAUACAAGUCUUCCCGUUAUUUGAUGCUUUACGAUAUUUGCCUACUCGGUACAUAUAAUAUUACUCGUCGUGCACGUGAUGCAUUUAAUACACUGAACUGUGGGAAUUAAUUUGAUGUGGUUGGUUUUUUUUCUUUUCCUUUUUUUUUUUUUUUUUUUAACGCGUAAACAAAAACAAUGGAAUACGAACCGUUUGUUGACAAAACUGGUAAAAACGGCUAUAUACUCGUACAUACCUAACGUUAUUACUAUAUAUUAUAUUGUCUAUUAUGACAGAAAAACUUUCACAUUCUCCGGACCGUUAUUUUUGUUGUAACUUUUAGGAACCUAAAUAUACAAAAUAAAUUAUAAUAUAUAUAUAUAGUAUAUAAUAGCAAUAGUUAAGUAUUGUAUUUGAAAUGUUGGAAACCUUUAUCAAUUUUAAUGUAUAAUAUGUAGGGGUAAGUAGCUGAUAAUUCGAUACGUUCAAUAAUAUUAUUAUUUUCAAAUUAUUUGAUAUUUACAAUAAUCUGUAUACGGAUAACAUAAUAAUAUUCUUAUAUGUUGAAAAUACAUUUCUAGUGCGUUAAAGUCUCCGGAAUUUUUUUUUUUUUGUUUAGUUGUGUUUAAUAUGUUUAUUCGUAAUAAUAUGUAAUUUAAUUAAUUGUACACAAAAUAUUUAAGUUACGACGGGGGUAAACUAAACAUUUUUACAAAGCACAAAAAUAGGUUUAUUUUAUUUAAUUGUGUAUUGUGUAUUUAAUUUAUGUAUAACAUAUUCAGUAGCGUAUGAUUUAUCAAUGUGAGGAAUCUACAACCAUCUUAACCUUAUUAAUCUUAAAACAGUCAAUGGGACUUCCCAUGGGUUUGAAGAGCCAGUUCAACUCUGGAGUAAACCGAUAAAUAUAUAUUAUAAUAUUCGAAUAUUGAAUAAAUUUGUUAUUUAUACAGUACAUACUUUAAAUCGUUAUAUAUUAGGUACAUAAUUAUAUAAGAAUAAUUUGAUACGAAAUCAUAUUCGUGGGUUUUUUUUAUUUGUACACGAUUAUGGCUUCGGACAAAAUCAUCUCACCGAUAUAUGCUCAUAGUAUGAGUACAUUGUCGCGCAUGUGUCACAAUAAAGAAAAUCGAAUUUUCCACGGUCAUUUCAGUCGCAAAGGAAAAGUAUACCAUAUAAGUAUAAGGUGCAACAUCGCAUCGUAUACAUUCGUGCGAUUGCUGCGACAUAAAUACGAAUCCUUUUUUUUUUUUUUUAAUCCAUCACACCACGUACAUAAUAUAUAUUUUUUAAUGAGAAAAACGAACUGUGUCUGCAGUAUAUAUGCAUCCUUUUGUACACUACGCAGGACGAAAACGCGAUUCUAUCGCCUGUCAAUAAUUUUUACACGAAUACGUUUUCUGAUACGACAACGCAGACAAUGACUCACAGAUUUGACUAUACCUAUACUGCAAAAUUCGUUUUACGUGAAUCACCUACGUCACAUACGCAACAUAAUAAUAUUAACAAUAAUAAUAAUAAUGUAUAUAGAGUUAUGCGGUUCGACUGGGCGAUAAAGAACGAAAUGAAAGUACGCUUGUUUUUCGCACAUCAUCAUGCAUAAUAUUUUGUCGAUGUAUGUAUAUUAUGAUAUAUAUACGCACGUAUUUUGAUCUGGUGUAGGUAUAUUUUAUAACUUCAUGCGGAUUUGAUGGUUGUGUUACAAUACAAGUACAUAAUAAUUACAUAUAAUUUGUAUACUUCAUAGGGAUAGUUUCAAUGUAAAUUUUACAUAAAUACGACAUGUUAUUACUUUGAGUGGUAGUAAUUUUCAAUAAUUAUUAUUCCUAUACGACUUUUACUAUUCAAGCAAUAAAAUAGGAAAAUACGGAAAAUACGGAUGUUACGAGAAAAAUAUACACUUCCUCGGAGGUAACUUUUUGUCGUAAAUUACAGCGGUAUCAGAGUAUAGUAAUAAAAUGCGGUUUUUGACCAAAUUGCAUGUUUUUCUGGUAACUAUCAUUAUUUCUUUAAUCACAUUUAUAAAUAUACCUACUACUAAACGGAUGAACGAAACAUAAAAAAACUUUAUAGCUAUACACCAAAAUAUAAAUUAAAACAUAUAAUUAUAAACAAGAAAUAAUUAUGAUAAAAAUACGACCAAUGGGUAAGGGAGUGCAUGGCCCUUGUGUCCCCUUCUGGCUAUGCCACUAAUACAGUGAUACCUACUAUGCAUUUUAUAAAUUAUAAAUAUUAUAUUUUUUAAUUGCAUCUAAUCAUUUAACCAAACGUUAUUAACUCAAAUUUAAAAGUCGACAAUUCGAACAUAAUAUGUUCGCUAAAUGUGUAUAUAAAUAUAUGUUAUUGUGACAAUCGGAAACAAAAUUUGCAAUACCGUAGUCGAGUUGUAUCGCCUUACCAAAUUUUUUAAUAAAGUAUAAAUUAUUAUAAAAAGACGUCCUAGGAUAAUAGAAACGGCUGCAGCCAUUGUUAUUAACAAUUUAAUAUAUACCUGCAGUGUAAGCAACAAUAAACUAUUGCUUACGAAAAAAACGAUUUUGAGCGAAGUUCAAUUGAUAAUGAUGCUUUAUCAACAAUACAAGUAUAUGUCAUUUUAUAGUAAAAUAAUUAAAGAAGCUUUAUAUAUUUUCUUUGAUAAUAUUUGUUUAAUUUUGAACCGAUUUUCCCAGUUUUCUUACAUUUUUCUCGUUUUUCAAAUUUGAUGAAAACAUUUUUGAGAAAAUCGAAAAAUGAUUUCCUUAAAGUACCUCCCCACACUCCGAAUUCCUUUCAGAAAAGAUGCUAUAAUUACAAAUCUGAGCAGGUAUUCUGGUAUAAAAGUUGCGCACGAUUAAAAAAAAAAAUAAACAUCUUUGUAAAACUAUAAGUUUCUUUGCUCCGCUCAGAAUCUAAAGCAAAUACGAAGGGAACGUUUUUUGGGUAUUUUUUUUUAUAAUAAUCGAACAAUAUUACAGGUGCCUAUCUAAUUAUAAUUUACGCAUUUGGCUUGACACUGAAUAACGUGUCAGAUUAUAUUUAAUGUAUACAAUUGAACUUUUUAUGCUUACGCAACGUGAACGUAAAAAGUUCAAUUUAUUAUAAAUAAAAACCUGUUAAUGUUUGCACAGAGAACAGUUGUUUCGUAUGACGUGUUUAAGUAUAAAUCUAUGUGUAUCGAUUUAACACCGAUGAUUACGGCUUAUUUUUUAAGUUAAUGACGUAUUUAUAUUAAUUCUAAUGUACAUAUAAGUAGUAAUUAAUUUGUUUUAAAUGAAUUUAAUAGUAUACAAUAUACAUAUACAUAAAUACAUUUUUAAUUAUUCAAAGGUAUUUAUUCCAAUGUGUAAAUAAAAAUAUGAUUUUUUUUUUCACUUUCGUUAUGAAGGCUUUAUCGGUGUAAAAGACGUGACCAGACUUCGUUUGCAGAGGAAACAUAUAAUAUAAUGUUUAUAUAAUGUGACGUAUGUAUAUUGUACAGGUAUAUAAUAAGCGAGAGCCAACAAAUGUGUCAACAACAUUUUUAAUUACUUCGUAUGUUAUAUUAUAAUAUGUUGACCACCGUUAUCGAAAAUAUAAUUAUAAUUUGGACCCUUCUCAUGUAAUCAGAUUUUUUCAUAAAAUCUGAAUAAACAUCAAAAUGUCUGUAACUCAUAAACCUAACAGCUAUUAUUGUUUCACUAAAGCCCAUAUAAUAUUGUAUUAGUAUUUGACUGUAGUCCGGCAGAUUAGACACGAUUAAAUUACUUGUAUUAAAAAUAAUUAUGGUAAAUGGUGAACAUAGAAUAAAACCUAAAAAUUUGCCACGAAAACGGUUCCUAAACUUAUGUCAAAUUUAUAUGUUGACUAUAUUAGAUAACUGAAUGUAUAGGCAAUAAUUGCUUAACUCUUACAUUAUAUCAGAUGGAAUUUGAAAAAUACCUCGAAGAAGUCUUCGAAACGCAGAUAAUGUGGGUACAUCUUAGAUAAAUUUCUUAUAAAUACAAUUAUUUUUCAUUAUCAUCAUAUUCAAAUACGCUUUUCCUCUAGUAAAACUAAUGAUAAUAAGUACAAUGCAGUUCUGUUAUUGCAUCGAUCUAUGAGACUCUAAACCCUUCAAUUCAGCAACUGAUUUCUGUUUCAUUAUUUGGUUCAAAGUUUUGGAUCCUAUUUGAUUUUUCAUAAUUUGUUUGUAUUAACAUUAUUAGAUAGUAAAAAUAUAAAAAAAUUAUUUUAAACUUUUCAAUAUAUCAUAUAGGUACUAUAUUAAAUAGGUACCUAAUGAAAUGAUUUUGAUAAUAUCUUAAUUUAUUAAUUAUCUUCAUAAAAUUAUAACGAUCAAUUAAUUUUUAAUAAUAAUUAUUCACGCUUAUAUUAUGAAAUGAAUUAUAAAUUACAUCGUGCGUUUUGCUUGAAUAUAAAUUCACGAGUAUAACAAGAAUUUCGUAAGAAUUUCUCACUGCAAAAUACAAUAAUUGCGUUUGCGGUAAACGUCGUUGCAGUUGUUGGAAACUAUCAUUCAUUAAAAUAAAAUAAUAAUUGUCGAAAUACCAGAACACGCAGAACAGACAUAUGUAAAAUAAUAUAUAUACAUAUUUUACAAUUGUAGUGAAAACUAUGUUGGAACUGCCUACGUGUGUGAUAAAAUAUAAUAUCGAUCGGGGUUAACGUGUUACCUAUAUAAAUUUCGCAAAAUCCAAAACCCGCAGACAAAAAAAAAAAAAAGUGACAAGACGAAGUGUCUCCCCGGAUAAUACUUAUAAUAAUUAACAAUGGACACUAGUGUGGGACACGGUGAAAACAAUGUCAAAUAUUUAGCCGGCGGAAAAGGAGACCGUGUCGAGGGCAAUGUAUAAUAUGUAGACCUUCGUUCCUAAUAAUAUUCGUAUUAUAUUAUGCAUUUUAUAAACUCGAGUGCACUGGGAUCGUAUUGUCACGUGAUGUUAUCCCAUAUUAUAUUAUAUUACUAAACCUGUGGAUAUGUGUAUUGACAAAAAAAAAUUUGUUGUUGAUGCCCGAAAAAAAUUGUAGAUACGAAUUUCGGAUCAAAUCUUUAAGCAUUUUUAUGGAGACUGAAAAAAUUUAACUCGCAUAACUAAAAAAAAUUAAAGAUAGUACCUAUCCAAAAUGUUAACAAUUUGUAUGGUUUUCAAAUAUUAAACUUCAAAAAAAAAGUAAUAAUAAAUAAAACCAUAAUCACAGAUUUGUUUUAUAUUUGUAUAGUAAUAUGUAAGAAUAAUUUACGACUAGAGUUAUAAGGAACCUUUGUGACAACUUUUCGUGAAACAAUUUUGAGAAAUUAAAAAAACCUUGACGAUUUCUAAUAACUAUGAAUAACACAUGAACGUCAGAAUGUUUUGAAAAUUGCACCACUACGACAACUAGUCAAAAUUGAUUAUCCUUAAAGUGAUUCUAACCAAUUUGACCAAUUUACUGUUUAUAAAUAGAAAUAUAAAAAACACAUGAUAAUAUAUAGUUUAACUAUAUUUAUAUAUAUUACUAUACCGUUCUCGCUUUGCUCAAAAUUUAAAAAUAUAAUACGUCUAGACGAAUUACAAUUUUACUACUUCGAUUUCUUAAUUAUCAUUACUCAUAUAUUAGAGAUAUUAGUGGAUAUUCGAUACGUUUCGAUUACAGUUUAAAUCAAUGAUGAACUUAAAGAGGGGCAAAUGCGAACAAAUUCGGACACAGUGAAAAUUGAAAGAAACUCAAGUACCUAUAUACUUUAUUCCUACCUGUAAAUAAAGCGAAAUAAAAGAAAAGUAGUCGCUUAUGUUGGUCAUUACUCACAGGAUAAUGUAUUAUAUAUUAUUUGUAUAGCUUUAUCUCUCCAGAAGAAACACGCGGUUAAAAGAACAAGGAAGUGCCUAUUAACGGAACCAAACAGUACGUUAUCGUCGUAUUUAGACGCGUAAUACAAUUACAUUUACUAUACAAUACAUCCUGUAAAUCGUAUACAGCAAUAGUAAUAGAAUUAAGUCCGAAGUAAAAAUAUGACAGUUAAGUUCUAUUUACAAAACGAAAACGGUUCGUUAGCAGAAAGAAAAGAAAAAGAAAAUGUAUAACCGCCACACUCGUAUAUUGAAUGAAAUGUAAUUUAUUUUAUUUCGAUAUAGAAUUGUAACUACUAUAUAAGUAAAAUAAUAUGUUUGUACGUUUUUUUAUACCUUUGUGUAGUAAAAACCAAAAUAUAUAUAUAUAAUACGUAAUAUAGGUAGUCGUUUGUAAUAUAUGUGUAUAGCUAAUUUCGCCGUCAUAAUAUUAUAAUCGCGAUAAUAAAGAACAAAUCGUCAUUUCAUCAAACAGACAGAUUUAAUAUAGACAAUUUGUAUAGUAUACAAUUUAUCAUUUAAUUAACCAUUAUUAGACAAAAUAAUACGUACCACUAUAUUUUAAUAAAAAAUAUAACGUUUGAUUUCAGCAGCCGUUUGAUAGUAAACAUCGAAAUCGUGAUGUCUGCAAACGUGAAAAUAGACUAAAUAGACUAUUUAGUUGUUUUACAAGUCUAAUAUUUUAAAAUCAACAUUAUCGAUGUAGUUCAUUUACUAUCAAUUUUUUAGAAUAAUAGUCGAGAAUCUAGAUAAUUGUUUAAAUUAAGUAUACAGCACCGAUUGAGAAGUCCCCAUCUUUUAAGGUACAAUGCAAAUAAUUUAGAACAUUUAUAAGACUAUCCGAAAUAUUUCCCGAAAAAAAAAUACAUAUUAGUAAACUUAUAGCUUCUUCACUGCUCUCAGACUUGGAAAAAAUAAAUUAUAUUCUAAUAUAUUUCAAAUCGAUUUAAGGAUUUUUUAUUUAUUUUUCGUGAAAUAUGUUUCUGUUUUCGGGACAAAUCCGAUAGCACAAUUGAACUUGGAUGAAAAUAGUGUUUAAAUUGAGACGACAAAUAAUUAGGUAACAUUUGCAAGAUCGAACCGUCGGCCUUCGUAAUCGCAAUAAUAUUUUUGUUGGGAUCGUCUCUGAGAAGCUGUACAAAACGGUCCACAUAAAACUACAAGAUAAUUGUCUAUACAUUUGAACUCAAAAAGACGAGUGGAAACAAUUAAAACGAUAUUAUAUUACAUUUUUUCUAGCUUAACAUGGCUUACCGCACAUACGUAUGACCAGUGGGAAUAAUGGGUACGAUUGUUGUGACCGUUCUCUCUCGCAUUGUCACGUAUUAUGGGAAAACUAAAAAAAAAUUAAAAAAAAUAAUAAUAAUUUGACGGACGCGCCGAGGAGGUCCUCCAAACGACUGCACUUGUACCAUGUAAUUAAAACACGCGCGUUGUACAUUUCACAUUCGCUUUACAGAAGCACUUUGGCCAGUCACCGUUUUCUUAUAGGUACUUAUUUUCUAUAAAAUCACGAGUAACUAUAUACUAUAUUGAGAAAGUUUUCACUAUCGCAUGAUAGAUACAUAAUAUUAUGUAGUAGGUAACUUUUAUAUGUAGGUAUCAAUAUUUAAAUAAAUAACGUGAUUGUAUCUGUGUCUCGCCGGAGAUCUUAUCACAAGUGCAACAGUUCUAGAAAACGUUUUUAUAGAAACUUUCUUUUCGUAUCUUCUUUGAUUAAAAGCAUACUAUAAUAAUUAAACAAAAAUUGAUUUUAUUCACAUGACGAAGCUAUAAUUUUAGUCAUUCUUUUUUUCACUUUAAGAAGUAUUCUAUAUUUUAGUAUAUAGACCGAAUACCGAAAUGCAAUUAAUACAUUUUUUCGUGAGAAUCGAUUAACAAACGAUAUCAUACGCAUACGCUCGAGUGCCGAAAUCAUGCAAAGUCGAUGAAACCAUUAAAAUAGAUCGAUAAAUAAAGACACUGGACAACUCAAAAAAAUUAUAAUUAACUAUCACUAAACAAACUACUGUAAAAUUAAUAUUACAGCUAACAUUACGGGUAUAGAUCACGCAGAUCUAAGAAUAGCCACCUGAAAUAGAUAAAUACAAAAAACAUGACUUUAAGCGUCAGUAAAUGCACAUACAUAUAAGUUCAUCAUGCGUUCGCCAGAUAAGAAAAUAUACGUUUACUUUCACAUGCAUAAAUUCGUCGGCGGUAGCGCAAAAUGUUCCGGCAAUAGUGAAAGGUUGUUUAUGAUUUAUGCACUUAUAAAUUAUAUUAUUUUUAAAUCGAAUUCGCGUUAUUCAUAAUAAUUCAUUAUUUUAAUUCACUGUCGAAUUUUGUUAUCAAAAACGGUACACCUUUCAAUUUCAAUAUACCUGUUCCUAAUAAUAUAUUUACUACUUCAAAAUCAAGGUUACUCUUAAGCGAAGAGAUUAAAUCAAAUUAUAGUUUGAACGAUUUCGUUUUAAAAUCGAUAGCCGUUUUGGAAUUGCAUUUUUCGCAAGUCUUCGCUUUUGUAUUGCACUUCGCUAAAUAAUUAUUUAAAAAAAAAAAAAGAAGAUUUAAUCAAUUUCGCCGGUGUAAUAUAGGUACCUACACUAGAAAAUUAUAUCGAGUAUAUAAACCUGUAGUAUUUUCGUGACAUAUAUGAACGAGCAUCACUGAAUGUGAAAAAUAUUUUCGGCUAAGAUCCGCGGGGGCUUGAAGUGAAAGCACGAUUUUUCUUGGAUUUGGCAACUAUACAAUAAUAUUGUAUACCGUUUUUAUCAGCUGAUUAAAGUUAUAUUUUUUACAAUAGGUUGUUAUUAUUAUUAUUACAUCAAUUAUGUCGGCUUAUAUAUUAUUUAUUAUUUCGUAUUAUAUAUAUAUAUAUAUAUAUAUAUAUAUUAUAAGGAAAUACAUUUAGAAAGUCGCAUAUAAGCUGCGUUAUGUCGGAAAUCUAUAGAUAAAGCCAAUAAAAAGCAUAUAAUAGAAAAAGGAAACAUUUCUUGUUUGUCACGUAUGUAUAGUGCUAAAAAGUAGUAUUUGUCUUGUCAAUGUAUUAUUGUGUGCGUCAAAAUUGUGACGAAAAACGAAAAAUCAUCCGCACACCGCAUCCCGUGCACUCGCACGAGAUAAAUAAAUAACAAAAUAACAUAUUACUAUGAUUUCAUAAAAUAUCGAUGAAAUUAUUUUUUCAGGUACACCUAUUUACUACACCUUUCAAUACAUCUUUCAUACACCUUUUUAAUCAUUACGGAAUUGUUUGAGCUUUAUUUUAAAAUCAUUUUUUUAAUUUUUACCCUUAUCGUGUACACCUUAAAUAAUUAUAUACUUUUGAUUAUCAAAAAGAGGAGUUCCUAUUCACUUAAAAUCCUUCGAAAAAAUUGUUGGUUCACGAUAAGAAUCAUAAAAGAAUCAAUCUGUACACCCACAAUUAUUUAGGCAGAUAUAUUUGUAUUAUGUCUUUCGUUGAUAACAAUACUGCAACUCUGAAUUCAUUACGAUAAAAAAAUUAAAAAUUCUAUAGUCUCGGAGAAACGUUCCGUACAUUCAUUUAUAUAAUAUACUCGCGUAACGUCCCCUCUCCCUAUCCUAUUGAAUGACAUAAUAUUAUUAUUAUUAUUACUAUACAGAUCGGGUCUAUUUUAUUAUUAUUACAAUAAUCGAAUUGAUAAUAAAAAUACUGACGCGCUCGUUAAAUUUUUAUAGGUGUUUAGCAUAAUUUUCGCCUUGGGUUAAUAAUAUAAUGUAUUUUGUUAUAAUCCGUUUGUUAGGUAUUAUCGUAAAAAAAAUAUUUUACUGUUUCCUGCGAACGGUUACCUCUAUAACACACCGACAACGCAGAGAUACCUAACUAUUGUUUUACACUUUGAAUUCGAUUACUUUCUCCACUGAAUUAUUCAUCGUGUGGACAGUGUGUUGUUGCCAUUUUUCUAUUUUUACAGCGCGGCGUUUCGUGUUUAUCGGGGUAAUUUCUUCAUCUAUAAACUGCCGGUACAUUAUUAUUGUUAAUUUUUUAUUUUUUGUGUUAAUUAAACAUAAUAUGCGCAAAACUAUCGUUGAUUAUACAGACGGGCUUAUGAAUUUUAAAAUAUUUAAAUAUCUACCUAAUAUUUUAUCGUUGACGACCGCGGCUAUAUUACCAUAAGUAUUAUACUGGUUUUCGCCGAAUAAAUUCUUUUUUUUACUUUGUGAAAUACCAUAAGAUACAAAGAUACAAAAAAUAACUGUGGUCGUCUAAUAAAUUAUAAUUUAUAAUUUAUUAAACUAACCUAAAUGUAUAUUAUUAUUUUACCGUUCGGUCCUAUCAAUUUGGGGUUUUUAGGUUUUGUAUUAAACAAACUUACUAAAAAUAAGUAGGUAAGUAAAUACUCGAAUAAUUUAUAAUUUGUCCAUCUCGGUAGUGUCCUUCUAUAGCAUUGAUUCGUAUUUAAAUUGUAUUCUAUUCAAUCUGCGGCCCCAAGGAAGAAAAGCUUAAGUCUUAUGAGACUGCCUUUCUUUUAUUUUUUGAUCCAAAUGGCAAAAUUAUAUGAAUACUAUAACACAUGUUGAAUGCCUUAAAUAUCUUAAGUCUCUAUAAUGUACUUUUUGUUUGGUAAGAAAGGCCAACCUGUAUAUAGUAUGCAUAGCAAUUUAACCAUUGAGCAGUUUUUUUAAUUUUAUACAAAUUACAAAUACAAAUUUGACUUAAGCUCCCUUAGCUUCUCGAUACUAAAGCAUUAUUGUUGAUGUGUAUUAAAAAUACGAAAAUAAAUACAAUUUAAUUCGUAUAUAAUUGUAAAUAUUUUGCAUUUUCAAUUUAAAUAGAAGAUAUAAUACCAUAAUACCUAGUUAUAUUCGUUGAAAUUGCAUUACUUUCAUAUUAUUACAAUUUGGGACACUUUUUGAAUAGUUGAUUUUAAAUUGAAAAUAAUAUAUUUUUGAGUAUUCUAUCAGUUCUCGGUGAGUUUCAAUUUGAUUAGAUAUAUUCGUGUUUAGAAACUUCCAAUCGUGUAACGACAUCGGUCUUGUUAAUUAUUGUUACUGUCAUCAUACGAAAGCAUAUUGUAUUCGUCGUACUUUUUUUAUUUUUGAAACGCGGUACAUUGAAAUAGAUCCCAGACUGUCACGACGUAAUUUAAAAAUAUAAUAUAUUAUAAGCGCAUUAACGCAAAACAGUUAAGUCCAGAACGAUUUACAACCUUGUAAUUUAAGGGUCACGCCGUGUAAGAAGAUACAACACUGCAGCAAUGACCAUGGUGAAACUGCUUGUUCUAAAAAAAAAAAAAAAAUGAUCACAAAAUAAUAGCGCAUUGUAGUAAUUUGCACGUACAGUUACAGUUUCGUUUUAUAAUAGUUAUACUAACUGCGACGAGAAAUAAACCGACCCCAAAGGCCUCAAGGUCAGAGUAACAGCAGCAGAAUAAUUUAUAUUAUAUUAACUAAACCAUUCUUCAGUCAUUUAAAUAUAUAUAUAUAUGAAUAAGAGUUAUUAUGUGUGCUUUUCUAUAGGUCGAAUAUAAUUGUUCAUUAUGCGUGUAUAUGAAGACUCAAUUAUAAUCUAUGACUUCGAGUGAUUGUAUACUUUUAUAUUCGAUAAUGUUGAAUUGUAUAACUGAUUGUUACUACAGCACAAUAAAAAACAAGUCAACAAUAAUUGAAAUUGAUUUAAGUAUAUUGGACCUCGAUAAAAAUAUAAUGACCACGGUUUACACACGCGAUUCAAAAAAUCAUUAUAUUUUAAAUGUGAUAAAAACAUAAUAUUUAUCACCGAUAUACUUAUGAUAAAACUAACGUGUCCGGCUGUGUUUCCAAAAAAACUAUUACUAUAUUUUAAUACAUCCAAUCAAAUAUAUAUAUUAUAAUAUGUAUUUAAUUUAAGAUUUUAAAUUCGGAACGUAGCGAGGGGCUAUUGGUUUUACUAAGAUGUUUAUUUUUUAUUUUCUUUAUUCUAGUCUGUGGACACAUAUUUUCUAAGUAAACUUGUUCCCGUUUUUACGUGUAGCAAUUUUUCUGAAAGUUCAAAUUGUCUAGACAAAAAUCUUGAUUCGUCGACAUACAUAUUAUAAUACACAGAAAAUCCGCUAGGUGAUUUUAACGAACGCACAAAAUAAUGACUACACGUCAUAAUACACCACUACAAUUGUAUUGAAUUAGUGGACUUUUUUAGGCCAUCACUUGAUCAUGUUUUGUAUUCCGCGAGGAUUUCUGCCGUAUAAUAACGCUACAUAAUAUGUGUUUACAUAUAUCAGUGUGCACGUGUGUCCAGUUUAUCCUAUUUACGAUAGUUUUUUUUUUUUUUUGUUUUUGAUUUCGUUCCAACUUGCAACAUAACGGUGGUGACGACGGCGGCGGUUAGGUCACGCGGUUUAUGUGUAAUUUCUACACGUCUGCGCGAUCGCGUACCUUACCGGAAUAUCAAAACUUGUUUCGACCCACACACGGACGAUAUAUCGCGAGAAGUAUGUGUUUACUAUUCGGCGAGUAUGUUCGUUCACAGAUAAAUCCAUGUGUAUCCAAUAUUAUAUCGGUGGGUGCGUCGAGCCCGACGAUCACAUCGAACGUGCAAUUUUAGAUAGUACUAUAAUCUGCAUCGCAGACAAAUAUAGAAGUACUCCAUCUGAUAUUCUAAUGAUACCCACGGACCAGUCCAUGGUAGUUACCUUAUUGCAGAAAAUUAGAAAAUGCAUCCUCCUCUCUAUUUCCGCACUCGUCUCAAAAUUUUAAUCGUAGAUCUACAGCAAAUAAUCCGUAUAAUUAACAAAACUAAACGAUUUAUCCUCGUCAUCGUCCUUUUUUUUAUUUUUUUUUUAUAAAUAAUUUAAAAAGGUGGUCGUUUAACCUACUAGGCCUUAAUAGAAUAUAUGUAUAUAUAUAUACAUAUGCAUCAAGUAUCAGCCGGCUAUGGUCAACAGACCAUGAACGCGACUGGACCCUCAGUCAUAUUUGUGUCUUGCGGCUCCUCGGGUCCCAAAAUGUAUAAAAUAUCAUAAUUUUUUUAAACUACUGACCGUCUUUCGUGCAGAAAUUAAAUAUACAUAGUAUUGUUUAGACUUAAGUUGACUAUUUUAGACUGUAAUAAAAUAAUAAAAUUUAACUAUUUAUUAUUUAUAAUUGUGUGAGCCAGUAAAUUUAUACACAAAUUACUGAAAACUAAAAUGUUGCUGAAAAUCACUUUUGUGAAUAUAUACUAUAUUAAUAUCAUAUUAUGUCACCAUGAAAUCUAUUAUUAUUUUCAAAAACAUAACUGACCCAUAAUACUGACUUCCGACUCAAUUCCGCACUGAUUUUCAUGGUCCUUAAAUUCUUCAUCUAUAGGGCCAAAUAUUCCAGGGAUCUUUGUUAUACCAGACCAGCAUUGUAUAAUAUUGUCCUGUAUGUUCCACUUGAAAAAAAGAAAAUUAAAUAUAUUGAAAAAUAUAAAUCGGGGUUUUCAGUGUCCCGGUACCCCAAGUCAUGCAUAGGGUAUAACACACUUCAAAUAUUCUUCGAAUCGUAGCUGCAAUGAAAGGAAUUCGUUUCGUACAUUAAAAAAUAAUACACAUACGGAUCUCGAAUAACGACGAUGAUAUAUUAUUUAAACUGCUACUCUCAAUUCAUCUCGGGACAAAAGAUGAUGGUGGCAAAAGACAAAGAAACCGCUUAACCACUUACGAAUAUAAUUGUACAAGAUCUAGACGGCAUUCUACGUAGCUGGAUUGAUCAUAUUGUUCCCGGACAAGUGUAAUGGUCCGCCGGAUCACGCAACUCCAGUCGGAAUGAAUUCAAUUGCGGUAGUUAACCAAAUACGUGUUAUAAUUCUAUGUAUAUAUUAUUAUUGUGUAUCGUUGUCGUAUUGUAAGUUUACAAGUCACCCGGAAACCAAGGUCGUGUCCCGCAAUAGUAAGAAUAAUAAUAAUUGGAAACCGUGAUGCAAUCAUCGCGCCGUCGUGAAACGCGUCUCGCGCGGAUUGUUCGACGUUUUCAAUCAAGAAGUGACUAUUAUUACAAAUAUAAAAUAAUAAUGGUGUAGUGUGCAGUUAUCAAUGCAGUGCACCGGAUAAACACACCACCGACAUAAACUUAUUGUACGAGUGGAUGUGCGUGUGUGUGUAUUAUAAACAAUUUAUAAUAUGUCGAUUAACACUCGUAUAGUGGAUGGUUUUUUCAAAUUUUGGCGUAAACCCAAAAAAAUUACACUGUUUUUACACAUUUCAAAAACACCGUUUAUGACAUAUACGGUUCAUUUUAUGAAUCGUACAUUAGUAACAAUAAACAAUUAAUAUUGAUAGUGUUAGGACUAAAAAAAAUGUCUCUCCACCCAAAUUCACCAAGCAUUUAACGUACGAUUAUGUACAUGACAAUUUCUGGCCAGGAAAAGGCCAUUGAAAUGGGGCAGAAUUCCGUCCACAACACAAAACCAUUUUAUUCAACAUUUAUUCUAAUUAGAAAAUUUUAAAUACAUUAUUAUAAUAUAACAUUAUAGCCUUGAUUUUAUUGUAAAAUCAAUGAUGAUCAAUAUGGUAAUGGACCACUAACAAUAGUUUCUUUUACCUACAGCGAUCAGAUAUAAUGAAUUGUUAUUUUGACAAUCGUAGAUUAUUGUUAUAUUAUAGUCAUCGGAAUAUUCCAUCGGUUUAUAUUUCGUAAGAUGGCCGAAUAUCAACAUAACAGUAAAACAUAACGAGAAACGAAAAACGAAACGAAAAAACUAACGACGAUUAUGAUGCUCUAAUGAUAUCGAGAAUUUUCAAAUACAAAAAUAAUUUGAGUGCAAUAUUAAAUUAUACACCCCAUUGGUGCACAUGGAGAGGGGUGCUUAGCACCCCUAAAUCUAAAAUUAGUUCCCCCAGAUACUAAAUAAAAUAAAUAUAAUACUCAAAUACAGUACUCAGAUAUGAGAUAAUAGUAAUUACUAUUAUACUAUUGUGUAUUGAUUUAUAUUAUAUAUAAUAUAUUAAUAAUUCAUAUUAUAUAGUAUUUAUAUUAUAUUAUUAUGUAAAUUUGUGUAAAUUGUUUUCAUAUUUUUAAACAGGUACCUAUCCCUUGUUGGUUAUUUAUUAGGCAAUGAAAGAUUCAUUAUUGAAAAUCGGAUCUCAUUAUUUCAAUUUUUGAUUCUGAUGUGCAUCUUUAUUACCAAAAGUCUUGCUACAGUUUAUAAUAAUAGCAAUGUUUCUAAAAGGAAAUCCGACUAAGGAUAUACAUUAACGAGGUCAUUUUUCGAUUUUCUCAGGAUUUGUCACAUAUAAUGUGAAAAACCGUGAAAAAUGUAGGAAAAUCGAUACAAGAUUAAACAAAUAUUAUCAAAGAAAAUAUAUAAAACCUAUUUAAUUAUUUCACUAUUAUAUGGCACAUAUACUGUUGACAAAGCAUCAUUAUCAACUUAACUCCACUCAGAAUCGGUUUUUCGUAAGCAAUGGUUAUCGUUGCUUACAGGUAUACAUUGAAUUACCUAUAACAGUGGUUGCACCCGUCCCUAUUAUCCUAGGACGUCUUUUAUGUGUUUUAUGUUUAUUUAAUGUACAAGUAAUAUUAUAUAAUUAUAUUAUGAAAUGUUGAAUAGGUUGGGGGUCUGGAGAGCAAUCCCCCCCCCGUGAUACUCUAUCGUAAAUAAUUUAAGCUUUCUCAAGUUUUAGAUUGAAUGUUUACCAAUGAUACACCCUACAUAAUUCAAUAAUAAAAUAAAUAUUAAUUGAGAAUUUUUUCUUCAGUUUUUAUGACACAAAUUUUUAACUGUCCGUAAAACAAAUGGAUUUGUAAUUAAAUCGCGUUAUUCGCACAUUACAUUUAAAAUUUAAAUUAUUUUUUAUAAAAUGUAAAUUUGUAUAGUUAAUAAAAACAGGAGGGGAGGUGAAUUCGUUUAAGUGAAAUAUUUUGCAUUUCACAUACUCAAUUAUAAUAUAUUUUUUUUCGUCAAUUUGCUGUAACUUGUAUUGACAUACAAUAUAAUAUACAUAGUCUAAUUGUUGCGUUCGUAUCUAUUUAUUAUUGUUAUUUUUUAUUUUUCAUUUAGUUUGAUUAGUUCCAUAUAUACAAUAAUAUAUAAAAACAUUUAAAACAAUAAAAUAGUUGUAUAUCACGAACAAAACGCGUCACAAUCGUUUUUUUCCAUAUAGAUAUCAUAGAAAAUUAAACAAAUUACGCACAACACGCACAAUUUGUGGGCAGAUAUAAUGUCCUCCCCUUCUAUAAAAUAAUAUUAUAUAUAAAGGUACAUAAAAUAAUGAUUAUUCAUAAUUUUAGACGUUUCGCAAGCCAUCCAAAUAUAAUAAUUAUUAAUUACAUACAUUAUUAGUAUGAAUAAUUUAGUUGGAACCCAUAUGUAUAUACUAUAUCUACGCCACUUCAACAAAAGACAAAAGUUUCUAUAUUAUAAUCUUCGUGUUAUAUUAUUUUUGAACUUUUAUAAAUGAAAGAACUAAGUAAACAAGUUACUUCUUCGCCGACAAAAUAUUAACACAAUACCCUGUUAAACAGUUAAUAUCAUACAAAAAAUGCAAAAUACUUAGGUACAAUAUCGUAAUAUUUUGAUUUUGCAAUAUUCGCGCGGGUGUAGGUGUUGGUAUAUGGGUAAAUUAUGUUUCUAAUCUUUCUAUAGGUAAAAAAAACAAUUCGAAAAUACUCGUUUUUAACAAAUCCAGUUUUAUACGAUUACCUAUCUAUAAUAUUGUUGUUCUAGCUAAAUAACCCAGUAUUUCUCGGGCGCAAUCCUUUUAGAAACAAAUAUCAAUAUUAAUAUUAAUUUAAUUAAAUUUUCGUUCCUAAAAUUCUAAGAAAACCGAUGUCAGUCACCCUAUAGUAGUUGAACUUCGACAUAUAAAGAAGACGACGAUCUUUCUGUUGUUAUGAAUGUCAAUAAGUGUUCAAAAUUUCAUCAAAAUCGGUAUAAAAUUUUAGAUUUGAAUGGCACACGGACAAAUACACAAAUAGAAUUUCAAUUUUAAAAACAUAAUAACAUAUGAGUUAGGUAUGCCCGUAAGAUUUCCAAUAAAAUAAAUAUUACGAGGAUAAUAUAGACUAUUUUCACUAUUUUAUUUUUUGGUCUAAAAUAGAAGUGACAUUUUGCAGCAAAAGUCUGUCACGAGGGCAAAACAACGAUGUGUAUACGCUCGUAUAUUUUAUAUAUGCCCCACCGAGUUGUAAUUAUAUUGGGUACAUAUCGUUAUUCUUCCGGUACGUCAAACGUUACAAUAUUUGUAAAAUAUAUAAGAUAUGUAUUCUGAUAUACAUGCAAAUAUAAUAGUAUACAGGUAUUCGUUUAGGAAAUCGUUUUUUGACGAAACUUUUACCCAAAGUACGCUAAUAAAUGAUGUGCGCCCAACCCACCACUAUUGAAAACGUACAAAUUAAUUAUAAACAAAGUACAAUAAAUUCAGUUUUGCUAAUGUGAUAGCAAAAAACGGUUAGGUUUAUAAAUACACAAAAGUGAUUUGCAGCGGUCCUCCGUCUUUACUCUAUCCUUAGAUUUCCUUUUCAUCAUUUAUGAAUACGAGAUGCAUUAUCCUUGGCCCUUUUUUACGCUUCAUUAUUUAUUAAUUAAAAAGGACUUUGACUCUUUGGUUUAUUCCCUUCCACUUUCCCUCUUCUAUAAUCGUUUUAAAUAAUCCACUCGUUUCAUCUUUUAAAUAAACGUCACUUGAUAUAGCCUUAUUUUUUCGGACAUUCACUCUAGUACUUUUUGUUAUUGGUUAGGUACCUAUUUUAUCUAUCCGGCUUAUCUUUAAUAUUCAUCUAUAACACCAAAAAUACGAACGUUAGGUUGCAGGCUUCGCAUUCAUGUAUUAGACAUUUUACUCCAACUAUCAUAGGCCUGAGAUAAGGUAAUAAAUCAACACAUCAUUUAACUUGGGUUAAAUUAUUAUUAAAAUCAUAAUUUUUAUUUAGAAAAAAACAUUGCAAUUUCAAAUUAUACGACAAAUAUUCUUUUUAUUUUUUUUUUAUUUAUUUAACUAUAAUCAAUUAUAAUAUUAACUGGCAGUUACAACAUUAUUCAUUAUUAAUCUGUAAUUUAAAUGGAAAAACACCUGUACACUCAAUAUGGUACUUAUAUUUAAAUUCGACUGUACAUGGAUAUGAAUAAAUCGGUAACAGAAAUUAAUUUGAUUUGUUUUCGUUUUAUCGUUGUAUACCUAAUUCUCGAGUGCAGUUUUAACUUAAAAUUCAAUUUAAUACAUUUACAAAACGAGGAUUAAACAUGAAAAAUCCUUUGAAACUUUUAAUUUUUGCACUUUUUUUUUAUUUUUUUAUAACAUCCGCGACAGCAAGAGAUUGCGAUCCAAAAGACGGAUGUUACAGUGAUCAUGAAACGGCGGUCAAAAAAUGCGGAGGUGAUAACAAUGAGCGGGUUCAUAUUUUUAAAGGUUGCCACUGUUGCAAAAACAAAAGCUCUUAAAAGUGGUCUGACAUUUAAUACUAUUUUUUUAUACAAAUAUUAUUUGAAGAUUAAGAAGAUUAAGAAGAAGGUUGGAUUUUUAAAACAGUAAAUAUAAUUAAGGUAUUUUUUUCUAUUUUGGGUGUUUUAUUUUAUUUCUCACACGAGCUCAUAUCUUUAUUUAUUCCACUCGUUUCUCGUAUCACAUAAAUAUUUGCAUGAUACAACACGAUUAGAAACAGAAAAUAAUAUCAUAGUCACAAAUGUAGUCGACUUAGACAUUCGCUGGACAUGCAGUAGUACAUCACACGAAUGAUUAUUGUUUUAAUGAUGAUUAUUAAGAAUAUAUGAACAACACUAUGUAUCAGAAAUACCGAUCGAUUUCGAUUCGAUUAAAAUUAAUCGUAAAGGUAUUUAACCGUGUUGGUCUGCAAAAUCCAGAUAACUUGAAAUGUAUACAAUAUCUUCGCACUUUAUUCAGCUCGAGUAUCGUCGUCAAAGAGAAAUUAAAUAUAGGUACACACAACAAAUUCAAGCUUCCAAGUAAGAAUUAUUCUACCUAUUUCAACGUGACGUCUUAUAGUAAUACAUACCUAAUACAAGCUAUACAACCUUAAAUGUCUGAGCACAACGACGUUAAUACCUUCAAUUAAUUUACAAUAAUAUUAGUGUUGAUUUAAAUAUUAUUUUAUUAAAAAUACCCUUAUAUUUAAAAUUGUUAUACAUUUUAUUGUGUUUUCUAUUACGUUAAAUUCCUUAGUUGGCAUUAACGUAUCUAAUUUAUUAUAAUCUAUAAAAAGAUAUAUAAUGUAAAAUUAAUUACUAUAGAUAAUGCAUAUCAGCAUUCAUUAUGUGUAUAUUGUAUAUAUAAAAUAUAUAUUUAAAAAAUAUUACGUUAUAUUAUAAUAUUUUAUUCGUGUUAUUUUUUUUUUAAAUUUCUAUUAUAUUUAUUUUGCAAAAUAUACUUUUGUUUUUCUCGAAAUUUUAUAAAUCGUACAUUAUUAAUUAAUAAUUAAUAUUCAAUACCCAUGAUAGGACUGGAAAAACGUCUCUCCGCCCAAACACACCAAAUUCAUAGCACUUGAUUAUUUACACGAUAACUUCUGUCCGGGAAAAUACCUUUCAAACGUUUCAAACUUGGACAGAUAAGUAUUGGUGAAAUUGUUAAAAAAGAAAAAAUAAAUUUGUUUGCACAUAUUGAAGUAAAUAAUAAUUUUCUAAAAUCAAAACUUAAUAUUAUACCAUAUCUAUGGUCCAUGCGAAUAUGCCUCUAUGGAAUUAUUUUUAAGUGUACCCUAUCGUAUUCUAUAGGUGAUACGUAAUCGUAUUGUAGCAAAGUAACGGUUGAGAGAAUGUUUAUUGUAAGUAAAAAAAAAUAUAAAAUUGUUAUUAUUUAACUUAAAACUAUGCACAUUGUUUAGUUAUUUUAUAUUUGAGUUUAUGGUAUACAUUUUAUUACUAAAAUUGUUUUAUAAUUAUCAAAUUAAGUACCAGAUCUUAAGGAAUGAAGAAGAAUUAUUUUGUAUUUUAAUGUUAGUAUUAUUUACUAACUCAGCUAUAGAGCGAAAGAUGUGGGGGGAAAAACCCUCCUCGGGUCUAUGGUAAAUCUAUAAUGUAAACCCUAACCUAACUAAAAUCAUGCAUACGCUACUUUGUAUACCUAUAUGUAUAUCUACAUGCCAUUUCAACAAAAGUCAAAAGUUUCUAUAUUGCAUAAUAUUCGUAUAAUAUUAUUUUCGAACUCGUAUAAAUGAAAUAACUAAGUAAAAAAAUACCCCUGCGACGACGAAAAAAUAACACAAUUACCCGUUAACAUCAUCCAAAAAUGUAAAUUAAUAUACAGAUUAUAAUAUAGUAAUACUUUGUUUUUGCAGUAUUCACGCAAAGGUAGGUGUAGGUAUACGAGUAAAUUAUAUUUCAAUUUCGCUAUAUUAUAACAAUUUGAAAAUACUCGUUUUUUAGUCUAGUUUUAUACGAUUACUUACCUAUCUAUAUUAUAUUAUUAUACUAACUGAAUUUCCCAAUAUUUCCCGGGCUCAAUUCUUUUAAAAACAAAUACCAAUAAAAAAAAAAUUGAAUUAAUACUGUUCCCUGCUUAAACCAUUAUCCUAUAUCCUACAUAUAAAACAAAACAAAUUUGAAUUAAAUUUACGUUCCAAAAAUACUAAAAAUAUCCAAUGUUAUCCUCCCUAUAGCGGUUGAAUUUUGAGAUUAAAAGUAGACAACGAUUUAACUCUUGUUUUGAAUGUCAAUCAAGACCAAGAUUAAAAUCAAGGAAUAUUUUUUUGAAGUGUAAAAAUAUCCUAAUAAAGCCCCCCCCCGAGCAAACCCGUAAAGACAACUAGAAAAUUGCUAUAGGUAAUUUUAAAAACUGCCGACAGAACACUUACCAGCGGUACAUGGUCUUAACUCCAAAGAUGUAAGGUUUACAAGAAAACACGAGAUGCGAAUGUGGAUACGAACAUGCCAUUCGCCAUCUACUGACAUGUCCAAACUGCCCUACAACAUGCACUGUCAUAUACAUUUUAUUGUGUUUUCUGUUAUAUUGAAUUCCUCAUUAAGCAUAAACGCAUUUAAUUCACUAUAAUACAUAAAAAGAUAUAAUUUAAAAAUAUAUUAUAGAUAAUGCAUAUGCAUAAAAAUCAUUCAUUGUGUGUGUAUAUAUAAAUAUAUAUAUAUACUCAUACUCGUAUAUAUUUAUUUUGCUAAAUAGCUAAAUAUACUUUCGUUUAUCUCAAAAAAGUACCGAUGAAAUUCUUUAUAAUUUUUUUAGUUUGGUAUAUUCUAUUAUAUGUUAAUUCAAUAAAAAAAACUUAAUAAGCGUUCCCAUUUAUUUAGCCACGGUUAUUUAAUUUUCAUUCCGAUUUUUUAUUAGACGUGAAACAAUUAUAAGUACACAAAACGAUUUUUCAUACAGGAGGAAAACUCAAUUUGCAAUAGUCUUGCAAGAUGUGCCCACCUCCCUAUUUCUUUGUAAAAAAUGUAAAUUGCACAAUUUGUAUGAAAAAUUGUUUCCGAAAAACGUGCAGUAAAUACGUCUAAAAUCGGUUUUUUUAUCAAAUCAACACUGAAUAGAUAUGACUUACAUAUAUUAUACGAAUCCGAUUCUCGCAUAGAGCUGUAAUCGAACUUGAUGUUUUUUUUUUUUUUUUUACUCUAUUCGUUCUCGUCCUACAGUACAAAAAUAAUACAUAUUUGUAUGUGUGCGUGUGUGUGUGUCAAUGACCGCGAAUAAAAUAAAAUAAAAUAAUUAUACUUAUUUCAUCGCACACGGCCAUCAUAUCGCUCCUAUAUUCAUAUAUAGUGUGUACCUAUGCUUUAAACAAGCAUUAUACAAAUGUUAAAAGUACGUUCCGAACGUGCGAGUAUAAUGAAUAUACAAUCCACCACCCACUGGGUUCGUCUAUGACGACGGCUCCUAUUAUUAUACAGGCGAACGCUUAAACGCUGACAACUUGGUAUAUAAUUGUUCGUAAAUAAUAUAAUAAGAAUAAUAUAAAAUAUAUAUUUAUUAAUAUGUAACACCGGAAACAUUAUCAUUAAAAUAAUACAAGUUUAUAUUUUACGAUUAGUUACUUUUGAGUAUUUCGAGUAUCAAUAAUCGAAUAUAGGUAUAUAAAAUUGAAAAUCUAUUUGUUUGCCCGUCUGUCUUGACCGCCGUAUUAAUCUGUAUAGUUUUAUUCUGGUCGUGAAAUUGUGCAUGCUUAAUAUUCAAAACUUAGAAAAAAGGGCAUUCAUUUUCGAACGACGAUAAACUUUAAUAGGAAUAAGCCUGGGAAAUACCGGAUAAUUCAGCUAGUACAUUACCUAUGUUAAAGAAUUUCGACCAUUUUUUAAAUUUCGUUCAUUUUUCCGUAAGUCUUGUUACAAUUGAAUAUAACUGUACAUUUUUUUAUGCAACUUUUUUCCGGCGUACAAUCGUUAAAUUCCAAUACGCCUACUAGGUACCUAAACAAAAAAAAAAAAAAAAAAAACCCACCUAAUUUUUCGUUUACGUAUUUGGCGUUCCCCGUUUACGUAAAUCUGCGCGAUACACGAUGAUAAUAUUAAGUAGAUAUAUAUGCACGAUGAGUAUAAUGCAAAUAAUUCCAACAGCUAUAUACGGACAUGUACGAUGAACUUGAAAAAUGAUAACAAAAAAAUAAAUAUAAACGUUUGAAAAUUUAAACUCAAUAAUAUUGUACGAUAAUUAAACGCAAUUCACAUCCGAACAUACACCAUGUAGUAGACAUUUUGUUAACAUUCAGACAGAAACUACAAUAAACAAAAAUAAUGUGAACAAAAAUCAAUUAAAUUACAUUAUAAAAGUCUUUACUAAAUAUACAACUGACAACUGGAAUAAUUAUGGAAAAAAAGACAUACCAUUAAUUCAAUAUUUAAAAAUUAUGGGAAUUCGAAACCAAGGAAAUACAAUACAAUAUUAUAUUAUUUAUUUGGUUUAACUUAUGUAGGCUAUAUAAUUAGGUAUAUUAUUAUUUUGGAUUAUUAUAAAAUUUGAUUUGAAAUAAGUUAUUUUAUUUAUACAUGUUUGUAUUUGUACAAUAUAUAAUAUGUAUUUACCGAUACAUAUUUUAUGUACUUCUUUAACAAAGGCGUAUACAUUUUUCAUUUUAAUGCCUUUGACGUCCUAUGUGUUUGGAAAUAUUGAGUGCAAAAACGUUGUGUAAAAGUAUAAAAGUGUCCAAAUGUGCUGCACCGCCCAAAAACGACAAAAUACAAAUAUUCAUCAUAGUAUUAUAAUGCAAUUAUGAUAGUUACUUAUUAAUUUUUAUCAAUCCCAAUUUAAAGAGGGCGACAAGUAGUCCACUAACUCUGGGUUCUACGAAUAUAAAUAAAAUACAUUUAAAAAUCAACAUAUUUUCACAUGGCCAACUAAAUACCUCAGAUCAAUGCUGUUGUGAAAAAAAUACAACUAGUCAACUACAGGUUUUUAUUUGUAUGAUGCUACUAGUAAAUUGUCUAUUAUUUACUUGAAAUUUUUAAUCGAUUGUAGACCUCAAAAAAAAAAAUUAAUUAAUUUGAUACAUUGAAUAAUAAUAUAUAUAUAUAUAUAAUACAAUACACCUCAUAUUGAAUUAAAUUAAAAUACACCAAUUGAAGACUAUUUUAACUAUAAGUACACAGUUAAAAUAGCCGUACGAAACACCUUGAAAUAUAAAAACAACCGACACAAUACCAUAUAAGGGAUAUAUAGUUCAGAUUAAAUACUAGAAUAAAAUAAUGACUUGAGUAUACUUUUAAAUAAUUUGUGGAUUAGCCGCGAAGCGGUAAUAGGAAUUGUCGAAGUCCAUACGAUUCUGAACCUGCAAACUAGCACUGUCCUUAUAUAAAAAUAUACGUGCAAUAAAACAAAAUUAAUUAUUUAUUAUUAUAAAUAAUUGUUUUAAUUUUUAGUUACGUUUUAUCAAAGACAUAUUUUCGACAUGUUUUUUCUAGGGAAAAUGCAAUAACAUUUAACACAAUUUAGACGGCCCUAAACUAUACCAAGCCCGCCAAUCUUAUCGAAAUCAUGUGCUUCUAAAUAGAGGCGGAAACUUCUAUUGCACCCUCACCCCCCGUGAAUAUACCACUGAUAAUUAUUAAGACCAAGUCCGAUUUCAAAUUAAAAAAUUAAUUUUUAGACCACAAAAUAUAAAUAACGUUCUUAAACACGAGCGAUUUAAAUAACGAGACGUGGUUGGUCUAUCAUGUCCCGUGCAAUGAGAAUAUUGUCUAGAAACAUUACUUUAGAUCGGCUAUAGCAGUUUUUUAUAAAUAUAUAUAGCGACCUAAAUUCGUUGUUCGGAUUAACGAGAAAUAAAUCUAUAUAGACUAAUUUUAUUUCAACUAUAAUUAAUUUCUUUUUCUUAUGUAAUUUACAUUUUACGGAGUCUUGCCUACUUAUAUUAUUAAACUAGCCAAGCAAAACGUUUUCUUUUGUCUCUUACAGCGCUGGUGCAGCAUAUGACUCGAUACAAUUUCUUUCCGCUCAUAUUAUUACGUUAUGUGCUCUAUGUACCUCCUUAUUUCAUAACAUUAUACCUAAUAUACUUAAUAUAACCAUUUUAUGUAUAUAUAUAUAUAUAUAUACACAUACAUUUAUACGAACGGAUAUUACAUAUAUUAUGUUAAAUUAUGAAUUAUUAUUGAUAGGUAAUCGUCGUAUUAUUUGUUCCCGAAGAUUUUUCUGUUCAUAUCUUUGUCUGUACUUCGAUAAUUUUUGACCGUACGACUUUGGAAACAAUUACGGAAGGCUGGAUAUUUUAUAAAUCCAUAACAUGCAUAGGUUAAUUUCGGGGAAGAAGGGCUUAAGGCACUUUUUGGAAAAUUUAGUCAUAUAAUUUUGUCUAAAGAAAUUCGUUUCCCUUUAAUCUCACUCUAAAUCGCACAGUAAGUGUAUGUAUUUUCAAAAUUUAAUUUGCUAGUAUUGAAAACUAUACGUAAUUUACUUAGCCCUUCUUUCCUGGGACCAAAGAAAUAACUGCGUUAAUAUAAACAUAAUAAAAUUUCCCCGUAAUCACAUCCACCGGUUGCACGUAAUAUCUGCAAAUUUGACAUUCCAUUAUUGUUUUAUGAACUGAAACGAUCACUUCAGUUUUAAAAAUGGACAUGAACCGAAAUAGACCAUGAGGACUGGCACCGUGAAAAAUCACGUCCGGGGUCGAAAUUUAUUAUAAUUUUAAAAAAAUUAUGACGUUUUUCGGGAACAAAUUCGAUAACAUGUUCGCUGUUACAAUAUACCAAACCGAAUGAGUUACCGGCAGUUACUUGAUUUCCGCAAAUUGUACCUGUCUGUGAAUAUAUAGCUAAAUGAGGCCGUAAUAAUUUCGAUUGACGUCCAUCAAAACGAUUGUUAGUGCGGGGCAUGUGCGUCUGCAAAUUACAUAAAUUAAUUUCAUUUUUUAUCGCCCGUUUAUUCGUGACGCGUGUGCGUAGUGAAACGGCAUCAUAAUAAUAAUAUUAAAAAACAGCCGAAUUCUACAAUUUCUUAAAAGGAGAAAAAAACGCAGCGUACAAAUACUGCAAUUCAAAUGUUAUAAUAAUGUUAUAUAUAUAUAUAUAUAUAUAUAUAUACGAUCCGAGCAUAUAGGUUAUAUUAUGUUAUAUCAGGACAACAAUAUUAUUAUUUCAGUCAAUUUUAGAUUUUGAGCACAGCAAAAAAUGUAUUAGGUUUUAUUAUAUAUUAUGUGUGUGUAUGUUUUUUUUUUCUAGUUGCAGUUAACAAAUUUUCUACCAUAAAUAUUGAUCUGGUUUUCAAGUGUAGUAUCUUUUCCUAAAGCAAAUUGUAUCUUGUUGGUGCCUUGGAGAAGUAAAUUUCUCUUGUAGUUAUUUUUAAUAAUUGGAAAAAAAGAAAACAUAUUUUAUUUACAUAACUUAUUUUUAUUGAUGUAUCCGAAUUGGUUCCCGAACUCAUACCCCACAUGCCGAUUUGGUUCCCGUUUGAAAAAGGUACUUCAUGAAGGUGAGCGAAUUGGUUCCCGUUUAAUUUUACCUAUAUAUUUAAACAAUUAAUAUAAUAAAUGUAGAUAUAAUGUAGAUAAUACAUGUUUAAACAAUUAUUUAACUUUUAUCAUACUACGGCUGGUAUAUUACAGUUAUUAAGGUAGAUAAUAAAAUAAUAUUACAUCGGCGUAUUGCCAAAAUACCGCAAUCGAUUAAUCUGGAUAUACGUAUCUAUAUGGCUAUAUAUACCGAAUAUAAAAUACAGAAACGUUUCUAGUUUAAAACCUAUGUAAUUCUUAAUUGACAGCCCUAAGACUGUAAGAAUGGGAAAGAAAAUGUGCGUAUUUGACUAUUUUACUGCGAACAGUGGGAACCAAUUCGGCUCACCUUCAUAAAAUACCGUUUUCAAACAAGAACCAAUUCGGAUACAUCCAUAUUUAUACUUUUUACUCUGCGGGCAUCGAAUAAACCAUCGACGCGACGAUGAGCAAUGGUCGCGCGGAAUCGAAUAAUAUAACUGCGUCUAAGUGUAGCGUACAACAUAAUAUUAAAUUAUAAUAAUUAUUAUUAUAUCUGCGGUAAGGUUUUCAACAUAGAUGACUAUUCCAGAGUGUUUGAUUUUAAUUUAAUAUGUGUAUAUACAGAGUGUAUCUGCAGGAUUUAACAAUUUACUAUUCGCAAUUACUGCAUAGGUAUUGGUCGAAUCCUGUAGAUACACUCUGUAUGUUAUUUAUACUUUUAUAUGAGUAUAAUAUUAUGUGUGCAUGUGUGUGUAUUUGUAUACUAAUACGUGUACCCACACGGCCACACAGCGCUCUUGCGAUUAUAAAAUUAUGACGUAAUUCGAACUCACCAGACAGAAAUAAUAUCAUAGCGAACAGCAGGGGCGGGCACGCGGUAGUGUAGAACAAAAUUUUAAACGUUAACGGAAAACAUUCGUUAGUGGUUUCCAAAUUUGUGCCUCAACCGUUAUUAGUUCCGGUCACUGGGUGCGAUUUAAAUGUUUAACUCGGGUGACAUACUACGUUGUUUAUGAAGAGCAGGUAAACAAAAUUAGGUUUAUUUAAUUUAGAUAGGAUAUUCGAUUUGUAUAGUUUAAUGAUUUUAAAAGUCUUUUAAGGGUCUAUCGUCCUCCCUUCGUUGCACCUAUUAUACGCUAAUGCCACACCACGAAACCCGCAGAUCGUACCUAAUAGUUUUAUGCAUCGGUUGAGACGAAGAUUAUUGGCAAUCAGAUUCUAAGGGACACUCUUGUGGCAGUUUAUUGUACAAAAAUAAGGGUGCUAGCUUUGAAAUUUUAGGACCGUAUAAAAUAAUAUUGUGGCGGUGUAGACGUGUAUGUUGCACACCGGUAUACGAUUUGAAAUAACGAACGUUUUAAACGAUAAAACACAUGGCGUAUUGGCGUAUGAUAUAAACAUGUAUACAUGUAUCAUGUAUGAGGGUGCCCCUACGAUAAAUAAGAUCAAUGCUACCAAUAGCUGAAUUUAGAUCCUAAAUAGUGUGUUUUACAUAGUGUGUUUGUAUAGGUAGGUAUUUGUUUUCAUUUUAAUAAACAUAUUAUAUUUUAAACCGAUGACCACGAAAUAAAUGUUAUUAAAUCAAAAUUCAAGGGAGAAACGACCGUCUUUAAAUGGAUAAAAAAUAAAUAAAAUAAGAAAUUUUUUCGUAAAUGCAAUACAGCCGACAUUUGUUUUGUAUUUACGGAGGUGAUAAAAAGAAGGACGAGAGGCGUUAUAUCCGCGCGGGAAACUGUUUCUGACCAUCACGCCACUGUGGUCGAAGGUCUUCGUUAUCUAGAUCUGCACGUUUCCUUGGAUCCUCGGCUUAGUAUGUCAUAAUUAUUUUGACCGACAAUAAUAUUGCCGUAUAUCAUAACCUAAUAUUCGCAUUUGAAAAUUGUUUUUAAACGACUCUAAUAUUAGAGAAAAAAAAACCCUAUGUGUAUCAUUGUGUCCGCAAGCGUGUGUGUUGUGUCUUGUGUGUUGCUCGUAAUCUGUCCGAAUCCUCGCCUUGGUGACGAAGGAUCUGCUGCAGUUCUUAAAGAAACAUAUUAUAAUAGGAACCAAAUAUUAUACCUAACAAUAAAGCACAUACAAUAUAAACGCCUAUUAUAGUCACAGACAUAUACAAUCCGCGUUGUCUAGUUUGCCGCAUAUAAUAUACAGGGUGAUGGGUUUUCUCUCGGGUUUUCUAUCAUGGAUCAACGUUGGAAAUCAAUUCCCUUUUCUAUUAUAAUAUGUAAUAUACCCACAAAGUCAAUAGAAUGACUAGUAUUUUAAAUUGAUGUUUAUUUAAAGUAUAUAAAUUAUAUACGUAUACCUAAAGAGUUAAGAACGGAAUAGAAGUAUAUAAGUUGUAUAGAUCUUUAUCUAUACAAAUUACAAGACCUGCAUGGAAGGGGCAUAAAUUAUUAACGUUAAUUUUAUACCUCCUACUUAGCCAAUAAUUUGUGUGAGCCUAAACUGAUAACAAUUGAAGCAGUUUAUUUACAUUUUAGUGUACGAUGACCUCAGUGCCAAACAACAGAGGCCAUUCAAAUAUCGAGCCGAUAAUAAUAAUUUACCCGUAUUAAAUGGUCAUAAUAUCUAUUUAACACUUGUAAAAUUGUAUUUCAAAUGUUGUGGAUAGAAUAACGAAAACAAAUUUUUGAGUCGCCAACCGUUUUAAAUGAUACUUUUAUUUUGAAAUCUAAAAAUUAUCGUUAUAAUAACCAAAAAUAAAGGACCAAGUACUUGGUCGAAUCAUCCUGUAUAUAAGUACAACAACACUCUGCGCUUCCAUAACCAUAAACCGCGCAUGCACACACACAUACACACACACACACUUAUUUGUAAAACUAUAAACGACGGUGGCGGCGUGUUGGUCGUGUCGUGGCCCGAGGCCACUGGAAAAAUGUUAUUUUCUCGCGUAUAUUAUUUUGAUGUUUUCGUACGCGCGUGCGUAUACAUAUCGCAUGUACGAAUACACGACGAUUGUAUCACACUCACACACACACGUAUUUAUUUUAAGACGGUGAUAAUAAUAAUAAUAAUAAUAUGAAAGUCGGUGUACUCGCCACUCGGUGCAACGCGAAUACGUGUGCGAGCAAGAGCGCGGACUUAUAACACACACCGGGCCGGUGAAUGUGAAUACAAAUAAUACACAGCCGUCCGUGACGAGUCGUUCGCCUUGGGAGUUAAACGCUACGACGACCGCGGUCCGUCUCGCGUACAAUAAUACAAUAAUUAUCGUGCCUUUUUUUGUAUUAUUAAAUAGUCAUCGUACCGUUUUUGAUUAUUGUUACAAUUAUUAUUAUAAUCAUAAAAUAUAUAUAUAUUUAUUUGUACGUAUUAGCAACUUAUUAGCGACACGCACAGUGGUCGCUGUUCUCUCCACAUGCCGUACGUAAGUCUGCAGUUGGCCGAAUAUAAUAUUAUCCAUAGCUAUUUUAACAUAGCGUUUAUCGACAACCGUUGGUCGUUCGUUUUUUAUUCUAUAGUCCAUCGAUAAAAUGAAUACUAUAUUAGUUCAAUUGGUUAUACUACAUGGUAUCUAAUUAAUUUGUUUAAUGAAAUUAAAUCGUUUUGAAUUGAAAGAGUGUUUUAUUUUAAAUACACAAUUAUCACGUGCCAAUUAAAAUAUCAUGUUUCGGCGAUAAAUGAAAUCAGGAGAACUAUAUUACAUUGAGCGUAUUGGUACGCUAGAUCGGACGGGAAACCGUACCAAUGCGAUCCUACCUAUACAUUAUUUUGUCACGAUUAUAAUAAUAACAUGUAAAGCAGAGCUGCAUACAUAGUUUAUAAUAAUAUUAAUUUUUUUUUUUUCGGCGCGAUGACUGAGACUGCGGAGACCGGCCGAACGAUUAUAAGAUUUUAACAAUUGAAAUCCGUUUACGGACGAGGUUUCGGUCCUUGAGAAACCCGCGAAAAUUUAAUAACAAUAUUACAACGCGAACAGAUAGGUACCUACUAAUAAUAAUUAUAUAUAGUGUGUCAGUAUAAUAUAAUACAAUAUAUGGGUGAGAAAAUAAAACUCUUAUCGUUCGUAAAAAAUAAACCUCAUAAAACGUCAGAACCACGCCUAUAUGUAAGCAAUAUUAAGAGAUCGUAUUUAUGUAAAUCUAUCAACUCGACAAAAUAUUUAAAUUAGUUUACAAUAUGUACAAGUAGGUAUAAAGUCCCGCGUGACAUUUUGGUGAUUUAUGGCGGUAAAACAUCUAUAGUAAAAAUUAUGGGUGAAAAAUAUUUCCGAGAAAACCUCAUGAUAAUAAAUGUUUUGCAUAAGUCAAUAUUAUGACUACAAAAACACGUAUGUAAUUUUUUUUUUUAUUCUUUUAAACCUCUGCCACCUAUUGUUCUGAUCAAUAUUUUGAAAAAAAAACGCAUAAUUCGAGAUUCCCUUCGAAAUAUUGUCCUCUAUAAUAUAUUUAGUUAUAUCAUUUGUAUUUUAUUACUAAACUAUUUUUAAAAAGGUAUUUUUUUGUUUAGCUAAUUCUGUUUUGUCAAGUGGUUUUUUUCUACCAAAUAUUCGAAAAAUAAAAUUGCGAAAUUGCAUAUUUUAUUUAAAGAAGAAUUAAAAAACCAAUCACGUACGUAAUUGUUCGUAAACUAUGGACCCUUCUUAAACCUUAAAAAAAAUUGAAAAUACAUCCCUGUCUGUACAGUUUAUUAUUCAACCGUCUAAAUUAAAACAAUAUAGUAUCCCAAAUUUAUUGCUAUCAUUAGGGCACGGUUGCAUUUACAACUUAUUUUAUACCUUUUUAAUUUAUUACUAAGUAAGUUUUAAAUACGUUCCAUGUAAGUACGAAUUCAAAUUUAGAAGUUGUAAGUGUAUAAUUUUUUUUUUUUAGAAUUUUUUCAAUUUUAUUGCAAUUUUGUUGAAUUUACUCAUUUAUACAACUAUUUUAGAUAUAGUCGACACUCGACAGUCGUAUAGAUAAUAUUAUAUUACACAUAAUAUCGCCAGACAUAUAAUCUAAUAAUGGUAUCUUAUCUUUAUUUUGAUAAUUUCAAGUUGGUAGGUGUUCAAUACAAUACGAAAAUAAUUUGUGAAAUGUUUGACUGUUAUAAUCUGUUUUCAGUCACUUCGUUAAUUUUGAGCGAUCGUAUUCUUUUAUUUUUUUUUUUUUGUAAAGAUGCCAAAAAUUAAGCCAACUAUUUGUUCCACUGUUGCAAUAGUUUUUAGAGCAAUUUUUAAUAUUUUUAUUAUAAUUGUCGGUAUUUUUUAUUACCUCAGUAUUAAUACUGCAGUCGAUUUUACUAGUUUUUUAAUACUACAACAUCCGUACUCUAGUUACCAUAUUACUGACUGCGACUGUCGUCUUUGAUUUAUAACCGAUAUUAAUUAUUGUGUGCCUAGGUGACUCUGUCGUGUUUCAACACGGUUUUCAAAAUAUGUUUUUUAUAACGUUCAAAAUAUUGGCCUGAUGUAAAUGUAUAAAAUAUUAUUUUUAAAACACGAAUCGAAUCGCUCAGAUUACUUAUAUUUGUACAGUGUUAAUGAUUUAUAUUACGUAUUAGGUGUACCUGCAGUAAAACGUUCGAGUAGGGUCGAUGUACACGAUUCGUCGAUUUUCAGACGGAUUUUUUUUUUCCUAUUCAUUAUAUGAUCAUAACGUGCUUGGUAUAAUUUUUUUCUUAAACAUUAUGAUCAUUAAAUUAUACUAUACUUGGCCGCGUUUUAAAAAUAGUAAUUUGUAACCCUGAUCAGUUUGCCUCUAUACCUUAUAUUAUAAUACAAUUUAUUAUAUUCGCACACGCCUUUCUGCUAUUACUAAUAAUGUACAAAAAUACAAAAUAUAUUAUAACCACUUGUAUAUGAUGCAUUUUUUUAAUAUUUAAUAAAUCAAUUUAUUUUAUCGACUUUUUGUUACAUUAUUAAUAUACUCAUAUUAUCCAUAUUAAGACCUUGAGAUUAACAAACCGCAUUUUAUUUUAAAUAUGUUUUACCUAUUAAAAAUGUAUUUUCAACAUUAUUAUAAUAUUUAUAAUACUCUAUGUACGUAUACUUACCUGUAAAUAUUCAUCACUAUUAUAGAGUAAAAUGUUAAACCAGUAUAAUAAUAAUUUAAUAAUCCGUAAGCGAAUAUAUAAAGCUGAUGUAUAGAGAAAAAACAUUUCAUUUUUUUUUUUAAUUUUUUAAGUACCUCCAGAGUAUUUUAGCAUAUAUAAACAAGUCGUUAGGUUUUUUUUUUGUUCAGAAUUAUUUAAAACAAAUUAUACUUUUAACUUAACGGUCACUUGCAUUCAUUUUAAUUUUAAAAUAUAGGUACCUAGUAUAACAUAUAAGAUUAAAUAAAUUGUAAAUUUUAUGUAUUUGGUACAUAUUAUUUAAUUUUCAAUCACUUUGCGGGUAAAACCAUCAGUGAUCAAAUAGAGUAUAACAAAAUUAUGCAUUUUCAAAAAACAUAACUAUUACUCGAAAAACGAGUAACGAUUAUUAAAAAAUGAAUUUUUAUAAUAUAUUCAACUCGAUUUUAAAUAGUGAUGUAAGAUUUAUAAAAUAAAAUUAUACUCGUAUUUUCUAUAAGGUAUAAAUUUGAAAUAAUACGAUUUUUAUACAAAUCUGUGUACCUAUUCAAAUAUUCGGGCAAAUAUAUACCAAUAUUAUCAUGUUUAUAUUUAUUUUGAACACAUUUUUAAACUCGGAGAUCAAAAUGGGAAACAUUUUGAAGAGGAAUCAAACAUAUUUACCAAAAUUGAGUGGCGUUCCUGAGAACUAACUAAACUCCGUUCCCUCACUUUAACCGCUAUUUAAACUUGAUUAAAAAUAGAUAUUUCAAAAGAAACGCCCAGAGAUGUAUUAUUGUUAUUAUUCUACUGCAACGUCUGUAGCUAUAAUAGAAGCGAUAAAAUACACGUAUUCGUUGUUAAUAAAACGACCUAAACAUGAACUCGCAAUAAUAAUAUAUUGGUUACCUAUACAAAUUAAAGAAGAAAUAAACGCAAACAUACAAUUACUGCGUAUGCCCUAGAGUACACAAUUAUUUCUAUGAAUUUACAAUUUAGUAGAGUCGAAGUGAACAACAAAAAAAAAAAACUGCACAAAAAUCUCCGUGGGCACUAUAACUCGUUUCGAAACAAUUAUUUUAACUUUUUUUUUCGUAUAUAAUAAUGUACAGCGAAUCCCAAAAAUCACAAAUCCGGAAAAGAAUCACAGCAGAAAACCUAUUCAAACGGUUUACUAUAAAUAUAAUAUUAUCACGUAGGUACUAUUGUAAAACUAUGUAGGCAUAAUAUUUAUUAUGUAUAAAUGUAUGAUUACUGAGAAAAAAUAAAAAUUAUAUUAAAAUCUAUUUAACUCGACACACAUUUUGACAAAAGCUUCGCUACAUUAAAACAAAAAAUCAAAUUCUACGUGAAAUACACAUUUAUACCUCAGUAUUUUUUCGUAUCAAACAAUUUUUUUUUUCGUGCUGACUCAUGUCCAACAAUUAGUUUGUGAUCGUAAAACCGUAAUAUCCAUGAUUACCCUACAACCAUAACGACAACCGUAAAUCGUAAUACUAUUUGUACAUUACAUUAUUUCUUCAAUGUACCUACUUACAAAAAAGGACCAAUUUGUUAACAUUGAGUCUGUAUUUAUACUAUGAAUUAGAUAACAACAUGUGUGCAGAUAAGUUUCUUUUAAAACAUUUACUUCUGAUUAAGAGGCAUUAAGGUAAAAAUAAAAUAAAAUUAUAGGUAAUGAAUUAUAUACAGUUGUAUAUUAUUAGUCCGAAAAUGACAAUAACAAUUGAAUGGAAACAACAGUUAUUUAAUUUCAACAUUUCAAGAGCAUAAGGCUUUUAAGGAUUUUAAUUUUGACCAUAUAAAACACAUAAAUAUAUUUUGUAUAUUUUAGUCUUUACAUAAUUCGAUUAUACACAAUAUGCAUAACUUAGUCAAAUUAUUUAUUUUUUUCCUCGGUUUACUACGAAAAUUCACGUUGAGUGGUACUGUAAGGUUAGGUUAACAUAUAUAAAAAAAAAUAGGCUAGUGAAUAAUUCGCGUGUUUGACACUCGUAAUUUUGAACUGAAAAUUAAAAAUAUCCACAUAGACUUUUUAUAUAAAAAAAAAAAAAAAAAAACCACUCUAGGAUUUAAUCAUAUUUAUAUACGCGUUAAUGAGGUUAGCUAUAGUCAUAAAAAUCGUAUAAUAUUCAAGAUUCUAAGGGAAUUCUGAAUGUGCGAAAACGAGUCACGUUAUGGGUUUUCAAAUAAGAAUUUUAAAAUAUGUGCAAACGAGUUUCACUGAUUAAAAAUGAAUACUUUAACUAUGUUUCAACUUUCUAAAAUUGUAAAUGAUAAAGUGCAAACUAAUAAAUUUCGAAAACGUUUUUUUAAGUAUAAACAAGAAAAUAGUAUUAAGGGAUGGUCUUAAACGUACAAUAUUUUUUAUAUUAAAAAAAAAAUAUACUGUGAACGUAAUAUUUCAUUGGGUCUUUUCCCUAAAAAUGGGCCAAUCAGAGCGCUUUUCACUAUAUAACGUUCCAUUGGCCGGCGAUAACAAUAUAAUUGUGAUGAUUAUAAUAUAUUUGUACACCAUAGACACGAGGUGACGAAUAAGGGUCAGCGCUUCGAAGGACAUUGCAGACGAAGAAUAUAAGAGCUAGUACUUGUACUCGAUUUCUUUACUCGUAUAUAAAAUGAUGGACAUCGAAAAUUACCUACUGUAUGUACGAUAAUUUAUUAUAAUAUAUGCGAGGGACUUUGGAGGUAGUUAUAUAAAUAUAUAAGUAUAGUUAAGCGUUCAUAAAGUUUAAAAAACUCAGAAGAUCGCAUACAAUUAUAAAUAUUAGAGGAUUUUACAGUUUUGUGUGGUGUAAUUAAAUACACUAGCUGCAAGUACGAAUUGCGUAAUUUAAAAAUACAUAGAUUUUUUAAUUUACGUGCGGGCACUAACCUUGCCCCCUUGGCUAUUUUUAAUAGGUAGGUACCCGUUUUUUAAAUACAUGUAUAAUUCUUAUAAAGAAUCGCAAAUAUUUUUCUUGCGAUGCAUAUUUCAUUGUAAGUAUGUAGUCAUGAUUUGAAACAUGUUUUUUUAAUUUUUAAGAUAAUAAUUAUAUAUUUAUAAAAUAUAUAUUAUACUGUUAUUGUUUGUAUAAAUUUAUUAUAUAAUAUUAUAUUAACAAGCAUUAUACAGAGUGAUUAUUAUAAUAUAAGAUAUUAUCUUGAAAAGAAUUAACUUUUAUCGACAUUUUUUAUUUAUGAAAAACUACAUAGCCGAUCUAAAACGUAAUAUGUUAUACUACAGUUUUUGUUCAAAUAUACGUAUAUUUCAAUACCAAUAUUUAUUUACGAUUUCAAAUAGUAUUAAUACAAUAAUAUUUUUUAAGUUCAAACUGUGUUUUUAUUUAUUUCCUACAUUAACAUUAUAUUGCGAUAUUGUAUUUUAUGUAUAAUUAGAGAUAGUAAUUACUAAUUAAUAAUCAACCUGUUUCGUUAACUUUCAUCUACACAAUACAUAAACACGCGGUGUAGGACGUACCUAUGGUAUAAUAUAAUUAUUACUUUAUACCUACAUUUACGAGCACAUUACGUGUGCAUCUAUUCUAUAGACAAUAUUAUUAUUAAUUUCGUGAAAUGUUAUUGUAACACAUUCUCACGGCUUAAUUAAUUGCUAAUUAUUAUUUAAAACAAUUUUCUUUAAAAUAGGCAAGGACUUUACCAAAGUGUUAUACAUGCAUACCUACACACUACAAUACGCUACGCCUCUGAUUCUUAACAUUAAAAUUAAUACUAGGUAUCAAAAAUUAAUAAUUAUCAACUCUGUAUAUAUCAAAGUUAGUCUAUAUACGGGGUGUCAUACAGUGUUAUCCCAAUGCUAAUAACCUUUUUAUAUUUUUUUUUUUUGAAAUUGGUUUUUUCUAUCGGGUUUUGUGUCAGUGGCACACAAAUGUAAAAAGAAAAAAAUAACUUUUUAUUUUUUCUCUCUUUAAAAUGUUCAAAAUAACCAACUUGUGAAAUAUUACAUUACCGUAUAAUUCAUAGACCCGACACCGCCUAUUAUACCAUAUUUAAAAACGUAUUCCCUUUAAUACAACACAAAUAUUGUAUUAUUGAAUUUGCUUGGAUGUGUUUGUGACAAGGACGACGGUUUAUAAUAUUGUAUUUUAUAAUAUCAUAUAAAGUAAAUGUAGUGCCAAUUUUUUUUUCUUUGUCGUAUAAAACCGCGUAUCGUAUAGUCUCGCGGUAUCAGAUAAUUAAAAUAAUAAAAAUCAAUAUAAUGCAGUCGAAUAACACCACCAGCUGCUGCUAUAGUCAACAUUUAUUGUAAUAUUGUCUAAUAAAAACAAACUGGCAAUACCUAUACGUUUUAUUACACUGUACCGCCCGUCCGUACGUCACAGUAUUAUUUUCACUAAUGCAAAUAAUUAUUAUCCGUAUACCUAAGACAAGAUUUUUAUCACUUGUUGCGCAACGGUCAUAAAAACAACACGAACAAUAAUUUUUGUAUUUUACUUUCAUUAAUUUAUGUACAAUGCGUGUAAUAUAAUGUGGAUAAGUGUAUUAUCGCGGUCAGCUGUUAUGCGUAUACAACACGUGUAGGUAUUAUGUUUAUGCCGGACGCCAGCGAGUUUUCGUGUGUCUAAAUAGUAGUCGUGUUUAAUCGCGCUUUGUUUGUCUAGCGGUGCAUCAACGGUCAUAAUUAUUAAUGAUGCCUCCGUAAUAGUGCUCACGUAGACGUGCAUUUAUUGUACAGAGUGUGCCGCCGUGUUUUCCCUGCCGCUAGAAAUCUUUAUUAAUAUUCUAUUUUUUUUUUUUUUUUUUUUUUAAAUUUUCCACUAGGAUUUUGUGGCAGGGCGACAAUUUAGUUUUAUUUUCAGCCAAUAAUCACUAUAGAAAAUAAUUACCUACUGUCGUUUGUUCAGUUUUCAAAAUGUUCAAAAUAGUCACUUUGUAAUAAACAUGAUUUUAUUUUGAACGUAUCCGACGAUUAUAAUUUCUGAGUAUAAAUUGUUUUUAUAAUUUGUGCUACUCUGUCGCGUAACGUAAUAAAAACCCCGCCUAUUCAAUACAUAUUUUUUUUCAUGCCCCUGUUGUAGUUAUUUCAUAUUUUUUGAAGGCUUCAGUGUUAUUUUUUAGCGUAUCGGUAAGUCCGCAGUAGAUCGACAGUAUCGAAUGACGUAAAAAAACUCCAGUUCUACCAUUUCCGACAUAUCGAGAAAAUUGAAAAUAUUCAUAUCUAUUAUACGACAAUGUUAUACUAUAGUAUUAUGCAUAGCAAAUCGAAUUACUGUUUAUUUUGAUUGUAUCCUAUCCAUCUAUAAAUAUAAUUUAUUACCAAAACACCUAUGUUGAUAUCGAUAUUUUUAAAACGUAAGCGAUAAAAACACAAAAAAUUCAAGGAAUAACUAAUGCACUACCACAUACAUAGCUCAUAAUUUUAAAUAGCUUAUUCUAGCUAUCUAAGUAUAAAAAGAUGAUUCCAGCGUGUAGUUUUAUUCUCUAAAAUCAGAUACCUAUUCAAUAUGUAAACACAAUCUAAAGUCCAUUAAAAUUCAUAUAUAAUAAAAUUGAGAAAUUAAACAAACAAAAAUUCGUCGGACAAUAUUUAAAUGAUUAUAAUAAUUUGGUAAUCAGAUAUAAAAAAAAAAAAAAUAUCAUCGAACGAAUUUUGAUGAAUAGUUUUACUGAAUAUACUGAUAGCAUCUCAUUAUUAUUGGUUUUCAACAAUAAUUUCUUUGGCCCAUCGUGAAUAACGAAUCAUACGAGAGAAAGUGUACUUAAAAUAUUAUUGUUAUUCAAAAAAAAAAUUUUAAAAAAUAACUAAAUUGUAUUAAACAUCUUAUAUUUGUAUAGUUAAGGGCAUCUUGAAAUAAACGAUCGGAUACAUAAUCAUGACGAUAUUUAGAUAAAUACUUGAAGCCAUAUGUAGGUAAAACUUUAGAUUAUAAAAAUAAAAUAUUUAAAAGUGAACCUAAAAUAUAAUUUAAAAAGAUUUUGUUUUUAUAUUUUUAAUUCUUCUUUGUUGAUAAAAAUAUUUAAUGAUAAAUAUCUGAAAAUGGUUUACUAGACAUUUUUCGAGGUAAUAUGAAAUCGUAAUAAUUAGGUAUAUAAUUUUAAUGAAAGUAAAGAUUUGUCGUCUAUAUUAUAUCCCCAGGAAAGAUUCUCAUUUUUUUUUUUCCCAUCGUAAUAAAUAUGACUAGAAAUACCUGUAUCAAGAACGCAUUCAAUUUAAUGUGUGUAUUAUUAGAAAUUGAAGUAGUUGAUUUAAAAAAAAAAAAACUAUCCCACCAAAAAUUUAGAUAAUUAAAUAUCGUAUAAGGAAUUGACCGGAUAAUUUAUAUAAAAAUAUAAAACUAUGCCAUGAGGUGAGAAAUCAUUAUUUUUACAACUCGGUGAGAAUGCCGCCAACUUAUAUUAAUCGAAUUAUAGACAUGAUGGUAAAAAUAAUAAAACGUUUACUCCGAUAUUUCUAAACUACAAUAUUAUACUGAAAUCGUUAACAUGCAUGGCCUGUUUUCCAGUUAGUCGAUUCAAGUAACUAGUGGAUUCGAGUAAUUUUUUAUAAUUCCAAACUAUAUCUACGUGUAUAAACGCGAGUGUAAAUACUAUAUUAUAUUAUUACCUAUUAUGUAGUAAUGUAAAAAUAUUCUAGAAUUAAUAAAUAAAUCGGGAUUUUUUAAGUAUCUAUAUUAUAUUCAUGUAUUUUUUUAUAAUUAUAAUUUUUUAUUCGGUUUCAAAGAUAUUAUUUAAGAAAUUAGUAUAAAUAUAUUUAUAUACUCGCAAUAUAUAAUUCAUGACACUGGUGUUAUUCAUAAUGUAAUUGUUUUCCAUCUCGAUAAUAUACAGAGUGAUCUACUUAUCAUAAACCAGCAAUUUUCUAUGAGGAUUAAUAGUGAAUUUUAUUCACCAGUUUUUUGAAAACCAUUAUGGGAUUGUUUAAAAUUUAUUUUUUAACUAUUUUUAAUUUCUAACCCUACUCUUCAUACCUUUAAUGAGUAUAUACUUUUGAAUUUCAAAUAUUAACCCACCAUUUUUUACGCACUUUUAAAUGAAGACUAUUUUUCUAACAAUUUUGAUAUUUUUUUCAUCAAAUUCCUCGUUUAUGAGUCGUAACAGUUAAAAAUUGCUUUCCCUACUCCUCAAGUUUAAAACUCUCCUCCUAACCUCUUCCAUACUCCUCCGGUCUAAACUUAAAAUUGUUAUAACUCAUAAACGGUAAAUCCGAUUGUAGUGUUAUCGUUAUGCAUAUCAAAAUAUAUAGAAAAAUAUCCUCUAUUUGUAACUAUGUUCCUGUUUGAAAAUCAAAAUUAUUUACUAAUUUAAGGAGUAGGGAUAAAAAUUAAAAAUAGUCUUAAAAACCAAGCUUAUACAAUUCCAUAAUGAUUAGAAAAAACAGAAAUUAAAUUCACUUAAAAUCCUCCGAUAAAAUCGCUAGAUACUGAAUCACUCUAUACAUAAAUACAAACAUCUUAUUGUCUAAACAAAUAAAAGUAAUAAAUUGCCAAUCUAUAUCCCUUUCUUACUCCUCCGGUCUAAACUUUAAACUGUUAUAACUCAUAAACGGUAAAUCUGAUAUAAGUGUUAUGCAUAUUCAAAUUUCUAGAAAAAUAUUCUCUAUUCAAAUCUGUGCUCAAAAGGGGGUUCCUAUUUUAAAAUCAAAAGUAUCUACUUAUUUAAAGUAUAUCGAGUAGGGGUAAAAAAUUAAAAAUGGCUUUAAAAUAAAGACUAAAGAUUCCAUAAUGAUAAGAAAAAACAAAAAUCGAAUUUACAUAAAAUCCUCUGAGAUAAUUGCUGAUUCAUGAUAAAAAAUCAUUCUGUAUAUGUAGUUCACUUCUUUUUUCCAUCAAAUAUAAAUAUUAUUGUCUACAUUAUAAUAAAUAUAGUUUACACAUUUUGUAGUUUUAUGUUUUUUACAAUGCAUAAUAAGGUGUUUCAUUUUAAAUUAUUUAUACUUAUAAAGUUAUAAAGGAUUUAUAAUAAAAAUGAAAAUAUAAAAAUCGAAUUUAAUAUUCGGAACACGGUUUAUAAACUACGUCCGACUGUCCGGACACGAACAAACCUAUCGGUAUGUGUGUGCCCAUUUAAUGUUUAUACGUACUCAUGAAAACGCACAGUCGUAUCUGUAUGACUGUAUGUAUAUUAUAUAAAUAUAUUAUACAAAUAAUACAUUUAUAUGAAAAUAUAAAAAUAUACAAUUUUUUGUUUUUUUUUUUCUUUACACGUGCCUAUAAUAUUUUAUAAUAUUCGAGUAUGUUGUGUAUGAUUUUCGAAAAGACUGCGGACAUAAUAAUAAACGACGGCAAUUUAACUACUUCACCAAGUUGUAAUUUAUAAGUAUAGGUACCGCCUAAUCGUGUAAACACAAAACUGAAAUCCUAACUGUACCUACGUCUGUAUGUUUGCCAUAAAAAUCUAUAGUUUUAUUCCGAUUUUGAUGAAAAUUUGCUCAUUUAACAUCCAAAACAAAAGUAAAAUCAUUGUCUAUUUUUCAUCACGAAAUUCAACACCUGAAGGGUAGCGAAGAUUUUGGUAUUUUUAAAAUAAAGAUUGAAAUUUUUUUUUAUUGAUUUAUGAACUAUACCAUGGCGACACGGAUGAAAAACAUGUUAUUAAUAUUUUAUUUGGUUGUCGUAAUCAAGGUGAGUAUCCUUUUUUAAAAGAUAACUUAUCUGGCAACACAGCGAUUAACUGUGACCGGGGAUAAAACGGAGGACGGAAACGGGAAAAUACGUUAAUAUGAAUUUCUUUUAUUGAUUUCUGUUUUUUUGCAAGGAUCGAGUCCGGUAAAUAACGGGUAAUUCAGUUAUAGUAAGUACAUAAUAUUAUAUAGUGUGUCACCGAGUGGCGGUCGCGGCUCUAUAUACGUUUUUGCGUUCAAUGUAUCCACGACUGCUGCUCGACUAGAUGAGAAUGAGGACGAACAGAAGUCGACUGAUGUAGAUACUUACGUGAUAGGUAACUGAAACAAAAUAUAAUAUUUCGAUGUUCUUCCGCACGAUUUAUAUAAUAUAUUAUAAAAACGUAUACCUACCUAUAUAACUACUAGGUACGUCCUACGCUCGUAUAAUAUGAAAUAUAAUACAUUAAUAUAUAUUCUAUAGGUAUAUAUAUAUAACAAUAUUAUGUACGAUUUAAUAUAAAGUACCUAGAUAAUACCCUACGCGAAACAUAUUUUUUUUUUUUUUUAAGAUAUUAUUCACCGUCAUAGAUUAAAGAGCAGUAUUAUUAUAUCGUCGACUCGUCAGCGCGUCAAGUCGUUAAGACGAUAUUAUCGUGCGUCGUCGGUGUACUAUCGUAGAUAUAAUAAAUUAUGAGUCGACAAUUAAAAAUGAAUGUGAUAUUAUCAAAAAAUCGUGUUGUUUGUCGACGGUAGACACGAUAGUGUAAUACUACUUAUACGGUAGGUGUGUUACGAUUUGAUUUAUUUCGUUUUCGCUGUCUCGGCAAUCGUUAAAUAUUGCGACAAAUCGACGGCGUUUUUCGUGAUUUUCGUGUUCGCGAUUUCUAUUCAACGAUAAAAUAUUAAUAUAAUCGCUAAUAUUUAACAUUAGAAUGAAUUGGUUUAACUUAUUCAAACUUAAAGUAAUUAAGAACAUUAUCUGUGCAACGUUGGCGUAAUAUUUUAAUUUUCAAACGAGAUAUAAGCAUUAUUCUAUUUUGGUGUUUCGUUUUCUCAUAACUCUCUUAAAAAUUAAAAUAUCGAAAAAAUUGUGCCAACAUUACAUAGAUAAUGUUAUUAUCUUUAAGUUUGAUCGUUGGUCAAUUCACUCUAAUAUAAAUGCCAUCAGUACAAUAUGUUUUUCCUACUGAAUUUAAAUUUGUUAUGUAGUACAUUUGUAAGACGUAGACAAGACACGCGGAUAACACACCCUCUUAUUAUAAUCGUUUAAAACAGAAAAGUCGUCUCUGACAAUCGUAUCACGUAUGUACCUGUGUGUACUGCAAGCGCGUGUAUAAAUUUCCGAUAGAAUCGAUACAGGUAAUAUUAACGUAACAACGUUUACGUGCGAAUAAUGUUUUCGUUGACGUUAUACAAUUUUCAAAGUAUAUGACGGUAAUAGACAAGUACCCAUAACUAUUAUAGACAGAAAUAAACGUAAGCAUGUAACAUGCGUAAAACGAAAACUCUCCGAAUGAAUCGACAAUAAUUUAAUAAACGCCGACGAGCCGAAGAAUAUAAAAAAAAUAUACGUCAUAUUAUUAUGACGUUCGCGCAGAUUUGUUAUUUUAUCAGUUUUUGUACAGUGAACGUAUAAUAUAUUUUCAUAAUAUUAUCCAUACACGGGUACGGGCCACAUACACACAAUGAUAACGCGAAUAAAUAUUAGUGAAACCGAAAUACCAUUUCGUACGCGCGCGCGUAUAGAAUUAAAUGUACAAAAAAAAAACCCUAAAAAUUACUGUGCCAAAACACUACUGCGCUGGACACUGCAAGCACAAUGAACUGCUCGCACUAGAAACCCAGUGGUAUACCUACCUAUAUUAUACUAUAACAUGAUAUUUUAUAUGCAAUGCGAUUACAAUAUUCGCAAUGAUCGAAUUUCGCGCGCAAACCGGUCCCCGGUUGAUAUUUCAUAUUAUAUUAUUAUUAUACGCGUGUGACCGUGUUUACGUGUUACCGCGUGUGGAUUAUAAUAUCCGUACACGCACACGGAUCGAAACACGAAGUUUGGUCGGAUGUGCAUUAAAGUCACGCGUAGUGCCCGUGAAUGUCCCCCGACCGGUUUUUUCGGACAAGUGUCGUUUACCAUACUGCUAAAGUAGCUGCACGUAUAUAAUGACCGUAUACAGAGUGGUCGGCACGCCGUCAAAAACAUAUUAAUAUAUUAUUAUUAUCUACUUUUCAACCGUCCGAUUUUCACAGAUCGCGGACCUAUAACAAGCUGACUACGUUACCGUCAUUAACCAAUGCCGUGACCUUAAUUGAGAGGCGAGGCUGAUUUUAAACCGGAGUAAAUGAUAUUGUUUAAAUUGUAUCGUAGCCGAAAACAAACGGAAAAAUAAUAUUUAAACGCGGAAAGUGACAAUAAGAAAACCGUUCCGUAUUUCGGGAAGUUUUAAUAAAAAAAGUUUGAGAACCGCUGGGUAUGUAACCUCAUAUCGGCAUAGAAAUUAAACAGUCGAACUAGAAUCGCCGGGAGACGAACGUGACGACUAUAUGAAUAUAAUAUAUAUAACUGCGUAUAACCUGCACCACUCGAGGUGCCGUCCAUCGUGUUUUUUACGACUGUUACGGUAUACUUGAACAUCUUGAGUGUUUAUUUAUACAAUAUAGUAGUAAUAAAUAAUAAUUAUUAUUAUUUAUACAAAAGAAUAUCACAACUUUGAAAAUCAGAAAAUCUGCAGACAAACAACAAACAUCGUAGCGUAGAUUAAGCAAUCUGUUGUUAUUUAGGAGACUUUCUGACGUUUAAUUUGGUUGCCAAAAGUUAUUGCUUGAAGCGUCGCCUUGUUUAUUUGUUGUUAUUUAAUUAAAAUGGCAAGCGUUCAACAGGAAGCUAUGUGUACUAUCGAAAACGGUGAAACUCAACCGGCGACAGCUGUUCAACGUGCAUUUUGAACCAUGUACGGCUUGAUCCUCCCUAUUGAUAGGAUAACACGUAUUUGUACAAUUUACUGAGAAAGGGUGUGUGUGCAAAUAGGAAAUGUCCCGGAACGUCAUGAGUGUGGAACGAUUUCGACUAUUAGGUUGAUGUGAUCGAGUCAGGUUCGAGUUUCUCAGUGGGUCACAUUGAACAUUAAAUGUCAACAUGUCUACUACGGAAAAAACUAUACUAUUUAUUUUUACAUUGAUUUAUUAACCUAUGUCCCAUCAUAUUUAUUUUAAUAAAUCCGAUUUCAAAUGUUUUGCUAUUCUUAUGUAAUCACUGUAUAUAUUAUUAUAAUACAAUUCGAUCGGAUCGUACAACUAUGCAUUUUUCAUAACGCGCAGCUUAUACACUUUGAAAUAUUAAUGUUUUAUAUAUUUUACACUCGCAUACAAUUUGCACGUUAGGUAUAUGAGAAAAAUAGAAAAUUGGUCAUUUUUUUAUUAUACCUACUCGUAUAUGUUCAUACCUAUACCUAUUGCACAUGUGUGAUUUGUCUUUAUUUCGAUCAUUCUAUUUACAAUUAUUGCAUAAUAUUAUAUUGUAUUAUAUGUUCCAUGUGAACAUUGUCAUGGUUUGAUGAACGAAACACAUUGUACCUAAAUAUACUCAUAGGUAUGUAAAUUUGUAUAAUAAACCGUCAUCAUAAAUAUAUAAUAUUUCGAGUCUGAGAGUGAUUUAUAACAAAAAUAACGUCCUUGUUUUUUUUGUUCUUUAUUUUUUUAUACGAAUAAAUAAUAUAAUUAUUAAUAUCCAAUUAGUGGUUUUAUAAAAUUCGUAUUUUUUCAGGUAUAGUCAAAUAGUAAUUUGCCAUACUUAUUAACUUUGUUACAUAGCGUGCUGUAAUAUUACAACAAUAUUAUAAUACAUACUUAUUAUUAUAGACGUAUUAAUACAGUACAUUUAUAUUAUUUUAUUUUAUUGUACAUAUUAUAAUAAAAUAUCAUUAUAUAUAUAUAUGUAUAAGUGAUAUUGUAUUCAUUUUAGGAAAUUUCGUUUAAUUUCUAUACGAUUUAGGUAUUAUUCAAGUGUUAAGUAUAUAGGUAUAUUUAUUAUACAUAUAUAUAUACGCUACAGUACCUACACACUGCGAAAUAUUACAAUUUGUUUUCUAUAGAGUAGAGAUAAUAAUAAUAAUAACAUACAUUCAUUUUAAGGAGGGUAGUAAAAAUAUAAAUAAAAAAAAAACUGCUGCAGCUGCGCAUACUAUAUACCUAUAAUACCUAUAGGUAGUUAAAUAACCUGUUAGAAUUUGUAACGUUUUUAAGGGGGGAGAUUGGCGCAUGGGCGCUUAGUGUGGUUACGCAUCGCCAAUAACCUAAAACUACUCUACAUGUACAUUAAAUAAUAAAAACAAAAAUAUAUUUACCGGCAAAAAAAAACAAACUUGCUGAUAUUAAAAAUAAUAAACGGCCGCGUGUACUUACAGCACUCGUAAAUCGUAAUAGAAUAACGAAUUAUGUGAUAAUUGCGUACAAUAAUAACACAAAAACUCGUUUGAUAUUUAUAAAAUAAUAAAAUGUUAUUCACAUCCAUUAUAUAUAUUAGUUACUAGAAAGACUAGAUAAAUAUCUAGUCUCUUUAGUUAUAUUUGCUGUAAAUUAUCUAUUUAUACUUGAAUAAUUUGUACAGAUUCGGUCUGAACUCAAUUUUUAACGAUAAUGAUCGCGAAAUUGCUCUAAUACAAUUGAACAAUAUGACGGAUAAUUGGAUAUUAAAUAUUAUCUGUAUUAUAAUAUUUAAUAAUAGUAUUAUCGACCGUUAAUAUGUUAAUCGUAACUGUUUUCAACUGUAACGUUGAUAUACAAUGCCGCGACAUGAUAGACACUAUUAAAAUAAUUUUAGGUACAAUGCUGAUCGAUAUAGGUAGGUACUUAAAAUGUGUCGUGCGAAAAACUGCAGAUCGAUGGACGUUAAAGUCUCCCAUCAUGUCCGAAUCUCAUCGGUAGACUAUAAUAAUACCCGUGAGUAGCAGCACUCACUAGAUUCGAAUUUUCCCUCAGUCGACUUGUCACCUUGGAUCGCUACCCUCAGUCCUUCUCUAUAUCACGGUCUAUAAUACAUCACCUCAUCCAAGCAUAAAAAAAUAGUAAUACCUUACGGUAACAAUAAGGCAUCGACCAAAAAAUAAAUAACCACAGACGGUGUGGGCGAAUUAUGGAAGUUAAAUCUUCUAAAGAGUAAAGGGACAUCUUCAACGACAAUGUUAUUUACAUAUAUACAUUUUAACACCGUUAUUUUUACUUUGAUAAAUAUGUAAGGGUAUUUAAAAACCGGUGUUUCCUGUAAAAAUGUGACAUUUGAGCAUACGAAUAGUUGAGGAAGCGAUUGAAAGUUGAAUCUUCCAAAAUGUACACCCUUGAUACUUACAUCAAACACACACACAAUUUUUUCCUCUUGAUUCAUUUGAGAGGGUCUUAAAGGGUGUUCAUAGCUAAAAAAACUACCCUCCUUCCCGUAACAAUGGUGAAAUCCAUAAUGAAAUUCAACCAAAAUGUCAUCGCUUUUAAUAGCUAAUUUGGUCCAAAAGGAAGUCCUAAAAGUAUCCAAAAAUAGCGAGAAAAAAAAAUAUUAUGUACUAUAUGCGUAAAGGUAUACAAUAAUAUAACAAUACAGCGUAUUUAGUCUCUAUUUUCAGAGGAAAUUCAAUAAUAAUAACACCACCAACGAUAUUAUUUUGUAUAUUAUCCCUUAUCAAAUUAUGUACACUUAAACUAUAUAUUAUUAUAUUUGAAUUAUUAUUUCGUCUGUAUUUAUUAUUUUAUAUCCGUUACACCCGGUCGUAACUCGUAAUAAUAUUCUAAAAAUUUACAUAAUGCACCUUCGAAUCAAUAGUUUAUUUUAUAAGUACGACAAUAUAUUAUAUCAGCCGUAUCAAAUAUAUAAAAAUAUUACUCGUAAAUUUAAAAACCAUUUUGUUUGUAAAACUGUUAGAUAUUAUAAUAACGAGGUCAUGAUCGACUGCAGUCCAAGGCGUCGCAGGACAUGUUUUUGACAUUGCUUUCUCGAAUUUUUUUUUUUUAAUAUUAUUAUUAUAGUUUAGUUUUAUUUUAUUAUUAUUAUUUCUUUUUUUUUUUUGCACUGUUCUAUUGUCUAUUAUUUAAUACGUACAUGUAUGUGUAAACUGCAGUAAAAAUAUGUCUACGACAUAAUAUUAUAUACUUAGAUAUACCCAUACCGCUCACGGUUUAAAACCGACCAAUUUAAUUCGUUCGCUCGCGUUAUGCAUACAAGCUUAUUGAAUUUUUCAAAAAAAAUUAGCACAAUAAUACUAUUAAUAAUAGUUAAGUAUUUAUUAUAACUCGAAGGGAAAUUUAAUGUUGCUAUAUACUUAUAUGGGUAUAUAUAUAUGUAUAAUACGUGAUAUGUAUACGAGAUAACUGCGAGUCGAGAUACUCGGACUAAUGUAUAGAGAAAGGGACAGAGUAAAACGUUGUUAUUUUUUUUUCCGGAAGAACAGUAUUGGAACGGAAUAAAACGACCUUGGAAAAUCGUUUGAGUAGGAUAAAUUGCGAACAUUAUCAUACGCUUGAAAUAAAAUCGGUUUUAAGUAUUAAUAAUUGUAUUUAAUAUCAUUAUAGUAUUAUUACCUCAGAGUAAAAAAACAUAGACACAUAUUAAGUUUUAUUUUUUUCAAUUCGUAGGUUGGUUUGCAACUCGUUUUCUUCAUUCUCCACGGUUACUUGCCAUUUCUUUUAGUGCUCAAUGUCUUAAAACUAUAAAUGUAUUGCAAGGUCUUCCAAGUCGUCCAGGUCUUUUCCCUUCAACCAUGCCCUCUAAUAUUGGGCUGUGCAGUUUUUCUGGAUAUCUUAGUGUAUGUCCCACCAUAUUAGAUAUACGUGUAUUUAAUUCGUAAGCCAUGAGGUAUCCUUAUAUAUUGUUAAACACAUCGAUGAUGCCGAUCUAUACUGACAAUAUAUCGAUCACUAUACUAUAUUCCUCUUAGUAAAAAUAAUACAGUAGUAUUAUCAUAGUAACGAUAAAUCAUUACUAACGAAAAAUCAUUCUCAGCGAGGUUCGAUUAAAAAUGUUUUGAAAUGAUUUUUAUUAAUUUUUAUGAUUUUCAUCAACAUUUGAACUUGAAAUGCUAAAAACAUAAACUAUUAUGUUUAGCUUUUUUUUAAACACAAGUCUAACUACACGCUGCGCUCUACUAAGUGAACCUCGCGUGUUAAAUUUUCGAAGAUUUUUAUUGAACCAAAACAGUAUACGUUGAAAAUUUCAGGUCUCUACGAUUAUUUUCAACUGAAAAUCCGCGGUAAUUGGGUACAUUUUCCCGUUUUUCACCAAUUGUUAAAAAAACUACAAAGAAAAUUAAAACAACUCGCCACCGCACCAAUAACUAAACAACAUUAAUUACUACCAGAAACGGCAGAAACCACCCCUGAUGUUGAUGAUUAGAGCAGGAUUUUUAGUAGAAAAGUUGUUUACAGGGGGGNGGGGGGGGGGGGGGGGAAAGAUACCGCUACGUUCAGAAUCUGAAAUUAUUAUAUUAAAAGUGUGAUUUUUAAAAUUGUUUUUAUUCAAUCACGCGUGUUUGUAGAUAUCCGGAAUAAACAACGGACAUACGGAAAAUUGUAUAGGUCAAUCAAAUUAUUAUACUUAGUGUACGCUAUACCUACGUGCUGAUGUGAGAACAAUAGAAACUAUAUUUAUAAAUAAUAUACCUAUAUGUGUAUUAUACUAUAAUUCGCUGUUCGCAUGAAAAAUUGUUAUGAAACACAACCCGCAUAUAUCAAACACAUACCUACCUAUACAUAUUUUAUAUUAAAUUAUAUGUACGAAAACAACAGAGUACUACAUAGAUAUUUUGUUCGAUGAAAAAUUGAAAGAAAUACCGUAUAUACCAGGUAGUAUACAUUAUAUAGUUGGCGGCAAUAAUUCGUGUAACGAAAUAUUUAAUAAUAAAAUGUGAAAUACAAAUCUGCGCCGCCACGGAGUCAUUGGUGCAGUAAUAAUAAUACUGCAGAUAUAUUAAUGUCCGUACAGGUACAGAGAACGGCUAUAGACAAUCGAACGGUUUGCGAGUAGGCGCUGCGGUUAUUUGCAGCAACUAUACAUAACAGAAACUACAAUAUAAGGGCGUAUUUCAAAAUUUAAAGAUCGUAAAUAAAAUUUAAAAAACAACUCGUUAAAUUGUAAUUUAUAAAUGCAAUUUUUUUUUUUUUUUUACUUUACCCGCAUUUUAUUAUUACUAUCGAAUACUUGACAAUAUAAUUUAAUAUAUAUUUACAUACAAUUUGAAUACCAUCGAUGUUACAAGUUAUGAGUUAAGAUUUUUUUUUUUUUUUGUACCGCUUUAUACACACUAAAAAAUACGUGCAUGGUUUGAUAUAAUAAAUAUAAUAUGUGCAUUGUAUAUAAAAAAAAAUUAUACUUUCGACUUCUCCAAAUAAAUAAAUGUGUAUAAUUAAUUCAUUAAAAAAACCGUUAACUACCAGUUUAUUAUUCAAACAUUUCAAACCAUACGUAUACUCCCACGGUUAAUUUCUAUUCCUUUGAGAAUUUUUUAUUUUUUUCGUUAUUUGUUUGUUUGUUAUUUUUCUUUUUUCUUUUAACAAAUCAUCAUAUUAAUCCUCCGUGUAUAAUAUUUAACGGCGCUUAUCACAAAAUGAAAGCAAAUGAGCAUUUUUGCAUUUUUAUAAAACGCCGAGUGAAGCUAUUUUGACAUUGAAACAAGUAUAUAAUAUAUUGUCGAUGUAAUAACAGAGUUUUCUAGAUUUUAAAAUCGACUGCAAUUAUGUUAUAGACAUUAUUUAAUAAUGUUAUUAUAACUUUUUGAAAAGGCCACAAGUCACUCCUAUUAUUAGUGUUGAUAAAUUGAAACCCAACUAAUGUUAAAUUAAUCACAAAUCUGCAGUCUUAGCUGGAAAACGACGUUCAAAUGUGGAUAACUCCGACAUUUAUAGCGGUUGGUUUGAUCCCAGGUUUUCAUACGCCAUAGAUAUGUAUUCAUACCAUUAUUAAGUAUAUUUUUUAAAGUUCUGACAAAAAAAUUAUGCAUGUACACCUAUAUAAUUUUCAGAUUAUUAUAUCUAUACAAUAUUAUGACGUACACUUAAAAUAUCAACAUAAUGGACUUUUUAUAAUUUAUUUCUCAGAUCGAUACUGUUAAUAUUUUGUUCCCAAUUCGAGUCAUUAUACUCGUAUAUGAAUUUAUUGUGUUCACUCGUUGACGUUAACUGUAACUCGGGUGUCCGCGCAAAACGGGAGUUGAAUGGGUCGAUAGGAGACUGUAUUGUACCGAUACGUAUAAAUAUUUUAAGUACCUAUAUAUUAUUAUUGUAUAGUCGCAAUUUUUCAUCGGGCCAUUAUUGUUAUUCAGGAUAACGCACACCUAUACGACCGUAAUAAUAUAAUGCAUUGUACACAAUAUUGCCGCGUUAAUUUUAGAAAAUGACUCGAAUCUAUUCGGUUUCACAGUGCCAAAUGCGUGCAUUGCCUAUUCUUGCUGCUAUCCUCUGUCUUCUCCGUAUUGGGUAUUGGUAAGCAGGUACCGUUGGAAUCGUUUCACACACUUUUAACGACUUGACGACUCUUUUCACGAGUACUCGUUUAUUUAUAACGUAUCGCUAUAUGUGCAAGAUGUAUAUGUAUAAUAUAGACUCGUAAUUAUUCGUGUAUAUGGCUCCACCGUGAUUUUCGAAUACCUACUACAGCUAAAUUAUAUUAUAUUAUUUAAUAAAUUCUCUAGCGCUCAUUUCGCGUAUAUAAUAAAAAUAUGCGUUGUAAAAAAAAAAAAAAAAUGAGACCAUUAACCAAUGAAGAAAAAAAUGGAGGUCUUCUACACGAGAACCCGAAGUGUCUAGUCCUGUAGGUACCUAUACCGCAAUUAAAAAAAAAAAAAUCAAAACAAAAACUCAUUAGAUAUUUUGACGUUGAUGGCUGUCAUUAUAAAUUCGGUGACGUACCGCGUGUAGGUAGACAUAUUUACAGGGUAGUAUUUUUUAUCGCGGCCAUUGAUUUUAAUAUUUUUCAACUGUAUAAUAAUACAUUUGGCAAUCUUAUUUGCAAAGGUAAAUAUAGGUUAGGUUAACCUUACCUAAUUUAUUUUUCGAAAUGUUCAGUUCGACGGCUUUAUAACAUUCGAAAAAAUAUAUAUUUAAAUUUCUCUUUUUAUAUUCUUGCAGCCUAAACUUUUGACUUGUACCAUGUUAUCACUCGUAAACUUGCCAUCCGUAAAUGACUCGUGUCCGUAACCGUAUUGCUAUUUUAAAAAUAUCUACACGGAAUAUAAGUCAUAUUAAAUAUUCGAAAAUAUAAUAUACUGUAAAGUGUAUGUAAACAUAUAAAAUUCUUAAAGUUAUCUAUAGCGAUUGAAAAAAAAAAUCAAAUUUAUCUAAUGUUAUAAUAAUAAUAUAAUAAUCUUCUUUGAUGAUUCCUUUAUGAUCACCCUGUACAAAUAUAUACAUAUAUAUAUAGUAUAUUAUAUACGUACGUAUUCGACUAAUUUGAUGAUGCAGCGGAUAACAGAUUACUAUACGGAUAAAAGGACGGUCAUUGUCGUUUUCCAGGCAAGAAAUAUUAAGAACAAUAUACGUGCAUGAGUGUAACCUAUGUUAUAUAAAAUUUGAAAUGUAGGUACCAACAGUAUUGACAAACGUAUACACAAACAUCACCAGUGAUGUUUGUAUGAUGGUUGCAAUAAUUGAUUAUCCAUAAUAAGAACUAGAAACUACAUAUUAUUAGGCCUAUGUUCUCUUUAUUUUAGACACUAAACAUUUGUUAAGAUUCUAAUAAAUUAACUUAAUUUAACUUAUUUUACUCGACAAUUUGUAUUACUACAGUAAACUUUGUCUUAUCAAGAACGUCUAACCCCUCUUAUUUUUUAAAAUCUCGGUCCAUUUCAGGUACUCCCCCCCCCCUGAUAGAGCACUAAAAUAACAGUGCCUCAAGGCGCUAAAAAUGUAAAUACGUCUCUGCUGAUAGGUAUACAGUAAUCCACCUUCACCGAAAUUGAAAAAACCGAGUGCGUUUACGUCGCUCGAUUGCAUGUACGAAAGUUGUUCAUAUUGUUGUGUUUAUCUCACCAAAACCCAAUCGCAUUUAUAAUAUUAACAUCGACAGCCGUACCGCCGUCUCUACAGUAUGAUAAAAUAACAAUAAUAAUAAUAUCACAAUAUUAUGCAGCUAUACGGGUCUUUGGUCAAAAUCAUAGUUAAUAAAGACCUGGAUGAUCGACCACUAUAUUUUUGCGGUCCUGCACAACUGAUAACAAGUGAGGCCGUAUGUCAAUACCAUUGAAUUUAGAACUAAUGGCUACAUGGUAAAUAUUUUUAUGAAAACCACAUUCAGUAUUCACUGAUAAGCUGACCAUGUUUUUAUUAUUUUUAUUAUCUGUGACGGUCUAAACACGAGCGCGGGCUAUGACAAUAAGGAACCGAAUGGUAUAAUAUAAUAUUUUGGUGCUAGUGGCGACGACAAAUUACUGUAAUACUGACCUUGUGAUUCGGGUGGGUAGUUCGGAAAAUACUGAAAGCACGUUAGCGAAAUGCGAAUAACACAUUACUUAAUACUUUAUUAGCAUUGUACCAGUCCCCGCUUCAGUAUAUACGGUGUCCUUUAGCGACGACUAUAAGGAAGUGAGUGCGUUUUCCUAUGGGCGGCAACAACGCGACGUUAAGUCACUCAGAUUAUCGUUCGCUGCAGACACGAUUACCACCGAUCGCGGCCCACGCGCGCACGAUUUUUUCUCUUUUUAUAUAAUACAAUAAUAUUCUAAAAUACUUCAUUAGCGUUUUCGAUUUGAUGCAAAUACUGAAUGCUAAAACAUGACAAACUUGUGUACAAUAUUAUGUAUCAGGGCUGCAAAUCUUAUCUAUAGAAGACCAAAUACAUCUAUCUAUAGGUCUGUCUGUAACACUUUUUCUCUUAUACUUAAAACGUAAACUAUGACGUUUGAAAAAUGAAGUUUAAACAUAAAUAACAAAAUUUGAAGAGAAGAAUAUAAUCUGAGGGUUGUAUGCUGUACGUAGCUUUUUUUUUCUAAAAAUAUUACAUACAUGUUAGUUUUUCCUUUUUUUUAAAUUGUUUUAUUUGGGAUUAAACUGAUCAACUCCAGUUUUAAUCUAAACGCCUUAAUUUAUGUUUUAAAUAACUCAAUUUUACUAUGUCGUGCGUUAGUAAGACGGAGACAACAUGUGCGGGUACGACAUUCUCAUAACCAAAAAAUCGUAGAUGUACCCAUAACCCACUUAUUUAUAAUUUAUUUUUCGUAAUAAUCACAACUGCAAUGCAACUUUGUGUCAUGAUGCAACUAGUUUACUAGUUUUCUAAGUUGUAAAUGCGAUGAUUGUAUUUAUGAAUUUUGUAGUGAAUUUUUAUCAGAUCCUAAAUAAGUUCGAUUAACGUACAAUAUAUUAUUGUCAUUUGAAUUUUAAUAAUUUAUUUACAGUUUUGUACAUAAUUAUAAUGAUUAUUUUAAUGUUAAUAAAGAAAUGUAACCUGGGUUUGGUUUCGUCAUAAUUCGUAUGUAAAAAAAGUUUUCACCAUGUGACAAAAUGAAAAAUUAAGUUGUACAUUUGCUUUUCCAAUAUAUUCGUAUUCGAUAUGAAUAUAUAGUGUUGUGAAAGUGUUGCACUCGUGCAGUACCUAACGCUAUGGUGCGCACGUUAAUAAUCGUCAAAAAUCGGAAACGGUAUAUUGUAUUAAGUAUACGUAAAUGUAUAUUACAAUAUAUUUAUAUGUGUGUGUAAAUAAAUUAAAAUAUUCUAAUAAUAUUUGAUAUUUUUGUAAGUAUAACAGAACCCGGAGGCACGGAUGACGACAAAAUGGAAAUUUGAUUAGAUAUAAAAGAGAAAAAACACAAAUACCUAAGAACGUUAUAUAUUGUUAGGACUUUUUUCCUCGUCGUCCGUGGCCACUGGGUUGUGACCCACAUUGGUCACGGCAGCGGCGGCGACGGCGGAAACCUAUUGUGUCCGAGUCUCGUGUCGCGUAGUUUGCCACGGAUCGAUGUCGGCGGCCAUGGCGCGACGUGUCACACCGGUGAACGGUUUUUAAAUCGCGAGGCUAUGUAUCAUAUUAUCACUAUAUACAUUUUCGAUAAUUAGGUUCGAAGUAUAAUAAUUUUUAUACACGUGUCGGAUCGCUGCUAUAUGUAAUAUACGACACUCGGUUUUUGUGGUUAAGUGAAUUAUUUUUAACCGUCUCUAUUGUUUAGUUUGUCUAUACCAUACGAUAUUCGAUAAAAUGUAAUACUUUCAAAGUCUCUUCUUACUUCACACGUCAUAAAACACAAUCCCUUAUUUCACAUCACACCGUCGACUUUCAACGAAAUGAGACUCUCUAUCCUCGAUCGUUUCAGCUCUAUAUACCGUCUCUCCCUCCGAGAGAGUCAAAUUAUUUUAAGUGUUUAUAAUAAUAUUAGUUAUUGAUUUUGAUAUUUUCUACCUGGGCAAAAACCCGCAUUACAUUGGCAUUAUUGCUAUUGCUUGUUAAUAAUUUUCUUGAACCAAGAUGAAAUGUGUAAAUUAACCGAUUUUUUCUAAUAGACGAUUAGUUAAUGUAUUUAUUUAUUUAUUAAACUAUAUUUUAUACUAUAUAAAAAAAAAACUAACGAUUGAAAAAACAAACACAUUCCUUGGUACAUUCAGAACCUAAAAAUUAUCGAAGUAAUAUUACAUAUUAUAUUGUACAUUUAUUACACUUUAUAAUAUUUUACAUUAUAUGUGAAAAAUGUAUGUCGAUGUCUGUUUUUUUGUUUCGAGUAACUUUAUGGUCAUGCCUUCAUAAGAGUAGCGUUUGAAGCAUUUUUCAUCUGUGCGAUGCUGAAUUGCUCGACCGAGAACACUAAAAGCUUCCACAGUUUUUUUAUUUGAUGUGUGUUUCUCGCUAUUUUCUUCUUCUAAAUCAUCAGUGUCAGUCCGUUUAAGUAUUUAAGGAUUUAAAACCGCGUUAUAGAUCUCCUCUUCUGUAUUCGAAAAACCCCGCAUUUUAAAAUAUAUAAGUAAUCGGUAUAUGGUUGACAAAAGAACUGUUUUUUUUUUCUAUUGGUACUUGGUAUAUACAAUUGACUUCAUAAUGGCAUACAGAGUGCCGUGCGUAUAGGUAGCAGUCGAUUCUUGUCGAGAUAAAAACUUAUGUAGGUAUACUUACCUACAGUCCAACCGUACAAACUCGAGUAAAUUCCAUAAUAUAUAUAUCAUUAUACUACAUAAUAUAAAUCCACCCACUCACGACCUACUUCUAUAAAUAAUAUAAUCUAUAUCGUUCAAUAAAAUCCAUAUGACUUUCGAGACUCGUUAAACUACGGCCACGAUCCGCCCCGGUGACGAAUAUUUGACCGUGGCUACGCGGCAGCGGUAGCGUGAAGAUACGGCACGAUUUAUACACAAAAUUGAUGUAAAAUGUGAAGAUAUUCAUUUGAGGUUGUAGUACAUGUAUUUGUAUUAUUAUUACCACGAGAUUUACGCUAUAAACUAUAGCGUAGCAUACUUCCAUUCAUUUUUUUUUUUUUUUUCUAAGUACCUUUCAAUUUUUUAUACUCUGAGACGUUUUUUUUUUUCAUUCCUUAUGGUCAUAGAAAAAAUUUGCCGUCGCGAACAACCUAAUAAUAUGAUUAAUUCGGCAGUUCAUCACGGACCACCGGUUGAGAAACACCGGACAUUGCAGUACCGCGGACACUUUCUUUUCGACCGCGGCGGUAAAAGUCAUAUAGACCAGUAUUAUCGGCGCGUAUUAUUCAUACGGAUUUUUUUUUCGUUAAUUUUUUUUUUUUUGAAACCGCGCUAUAAACUGUCUGUAUAUAUGGUCGACCCUAUAAUACACUAGCACAUAAACCCACACAUGCAAUUGUCGCUAUAUUAUUAUUUCAUUCGCUCGACCGCCGGUCAUUUUCUCUCCGACCGUUCGUUCUUAUAAUCAUAAUAUUAUAGCGGCUAAUUUUUCGAAUUUUACUUUCGAAAUCCCCCCCCCUCCCCGUAACAAAACCCGUAACUCGUUUUUACAAUAAUUAUUUAAUGUAUUCUGCGGAAUAGCUGAUGGUAUACAUCAAAGGUACAAAGAUAUUUUCUUAUAAUUUUGGACGAUCUAUCAUGUUUAUAUUUUUUUUGUUUACUUAAAUUCCAGAUUUUUAUAAGGCUCCAGUUCGCCCGCGAAGACGCACCGUAUGAAAAUGUCUCCCUCUCUCUUUCAAUUGUAAACGAUUAUUUUUUGUAUUGUUUUUUUUUUUUUUUUUGGUUAAAACCGGCAUUGCGCAGUUAUGAAUGUUUAAAAUAUGUUCGCUAUAUAUGUAUAUAGAUUUGCUCGUUUUUCCGUUUCGCAACAGAAACGUCUCGACCGCGCAGUUCGAUGAAUUGGGGUGAUUCUUUAUUUAUCAUGAACCAACAAUUUCCUAGGUAAAUUUGAUUUCAUUACUUUUUUUUUUUUUUCGUAAUAUUUUUAAUGUGAUUUAACGUUAUCCCUACUUUUAGGUCUUUAAUAUUUAGAUGUUCGGUACCCGUUUUAUUUUAUUUUUUUUUUCGGAUCGUUAAUAUAUUAUUUUUUAAUCGGCUAUUCAUGUAUGUAUGUGCAUUUCGGUUAUGGUAUCUCUACUUUUUUACGCGCCAAUAUAUUCGAGUAAUUAUGUCCAAAAAUUGGAUCGAGUUAAGGUGGAUCAUCAAUAAAUACCAGAAAAAAAAUUGCUAUUGGUUGGUAGCGGAAUCGAUAAGUUAUUUAUAGUCUAUACCUGCAAUUAUGGCGGAAUCGAUACAGGGCCCGUUUGAUUUGUGUUUGGCGGUCGUGUAUUCGGAGUUCGCGGACGCCUUCGCGCAUAAACAAAGGUAUAUAAAUAACAAUCAACAAUAACAGCGGAUAUUUACAUACGCGGACGUAGUAAUAAUAUUAUAAUGCGAUACGCUAUACACUAAAAUAUACAUACUUGCAUAUAUACAUUUGAAUAUAGGUAGGAACAGACUACAGGUGCUUAUAAUAAUAAUAAUAAAAGGUACUUGACCGGGCGCAUGCCAAGACGAUGACGGACGUGAGCGUUAUUUCUAUGUAAUAGUAUAAUUAAAUGUGUAUAAUAUCGUUUUUGAAGUUUUUCUCUUUCGUAUAACACGCACCGAGACGCGUUUUUUGUGAAAUGGAACCGAAAGAAAAAAAUCAAACAAGUAAACGAUUAUAUUAUUAUUAUUAUGUGUGACACGAUUUUCGUAGUGUAUUCGUCAUAACCACGCGUAAUAGACGCUUGUGUAUUUACAUUUUAAAAUGCGUAUUCAUGUACCUAUUACCUAUUCACAAUUUUGUCGAUGUGAACGAAUAAUAUUAAAUAACCGUUGUAAACCAUUGAAUUUGGUUCAUUUUUCUUGAAAAUAUCGCCGCGUUAUGGUGUGUGAUGAAAAUGGCAAGACACGCGGGCAUUAUUAUAUUAUGGCAAACUAUAUAUUAUCGUUAUACAUCAUUUAACGGACAUCUGAAAUGAAAAUUGGUUUAUGAAUAUAUUCAGGGUGUAUAUUCUGCAGGAUUUGACGAUUUCCUAUUUGCAAUUAUACGGGAAAUUGUGUAGCUACUUACGACUUAACACUGUGUGCAGUUGUCCCGAACAAUGUUACAGAUGUUCAUUAGUGCAUUAGUAUUUUAUUCGCGGGAAAACGUUUUAACAAAUAUUCGAUUUCGAUAUUAUUAAGUCCUCCGUUACAUAUAAACACUAGAGCUGCAACGUUUUUGUAUUAUUCACUGCAGAUUGCGCACACAUUGUAAUAAAUGUUCAGAGUAAUAAUGAGCCACAUUUGUACGGUUUUAUUUUACCAGGGAAAAGCCUUUUUUUUUUUAUUUGUCCGACAACUACUAUUCACGUGUAUUUUUUUAUUUUUAAUAAUACAUAAUAAAACAACAAAGUAAAAACAAAAUUAUUAAAAUGGUUAAUACUCGUAAAUAAAUAUUUAAAUAAAAAUAAAAAAUACAUUUUUCAUUUAUAUAUUUAUUUUCUAUAUUCACAUAAUACAUGUAUGCGGGGGACGGAAGGAAACAUCAUCGUAUAGGUGUAUGCAAUCGGUUCGCGAAAGAAAAGCAAAUACAAAUUAUACUUGCACUAACAAAAUAUAAUAAUGAUACGUGGCUAUAACACGUUGGUGCCUAAAAUUUAUAAUAUUUAGGUACAAGAUCGAUCGACUGGGUCGACACGUGGGUAUACAGGUCACGAGAGGACGUGAGGAGAUAAAACGCAAAAAAAAAAAAUACAAAACAAAUCAUUAGUCUGCUUGAUAAAAAAAAAUACAAUCCACACAUAUCGAAACAGUUUAAUCCGUCGUGGCGUGUAUGAUACGGAUCGCGCGUGUCGUUUCGUAGAUUUUCCGUACUCAUGGGUUUUAUCUCGUCGACUCGAUCCGUGUGUAAAUCCCGUAAAAACGAAACAAUUUCACUUUUCAUUCGCAACGCUUCACUACGAAAAUAUAGUAGCGGAUGUUGUUGCGAACGCACCGCAGCGUGUACCUGCCCGCAAUAACCAUAAACAUAUCUAUACUUACGCAUAAAUAAACUGGCAAACGGCAAAUCCAGUGGCGUGGCGAGCCAUGUUUUUUAGAAUCGGUUUUGACGUGGUGCAGGUAGAUGGGUCCUAUAUGAAUCGGUCACUUGUUCACUUGUUGGUAAACGAUGGAUACAUAAUAUAUGUCGGAGGAUAGACAGGACCGUCCUUUGGGAGGGCGGACAGUGCACAGGUCCUGGGUCUCGCAUUAGAAAAACAUACGUAUUAUGGUUUAAUAAAAUAUGUACAAAUAUUUAAAAUUUCUCCCUGCGGGACCUCACGAAUCCCAAGGACGGUCUUGAGGAUAGCAUAUACAUUAUUACUGUACAUUUGCGGUACACCCCAAAUCGUUCACUAUUGUAAAAUAAUAAUAAUUCGAAGUUUAAGAAAGUUAAGUUUAAGUAAAUAAAGCUAAUACUGCAUCGAUGAACUUUACACCGAGUGUAAACAAAUAUUUCAAUCGCGUUGCGGAGAUAUAAUUACGCAGUACGUUAAACGGUUAAACGGGUCACUCGUACAUAAAACGAUUUUCGACGACCCAAAUAUCGGAAAAUUAAUUUUCAACUGUCGACCGAAAAAUGCCCCGCGGCGAUCACGACUGUGACGGUGACGACACACACAACAGAUCGCAUUCGAAUAAAACUUUGUUCGUGUACCCGCUAAUAUAGCCUGCUGAUGCGACGACACGAUAAUAGUUAUUAUUUUUACGGGCAUGCCGUACUGGAAUGAAUAAAAAAAAAAAAACCUAACAAAACACCAGUCUCGACUACUAGUAUAUAAAUUAUUAUUACCAUUGUUGUUAGGCGGCGGUUAUUGGUUAAUUGUUGGCGUUUAUUUAUUAUUAUAUAUAGGACGUCGUUUCGCACUGAUUAAAACACGAAAAUAUAAUCGAUUUUCGAAAUGAAUCGUCAGACAAUGAUAUCACACUGCACUCUAUUAAAUAUGGCCCAACAACGAUAAUACUCUUUUACUUUAAUUUCUGUGUACGUAUAUAUAUGACGCGAGGUUUGGCCGUAUAGGUAUAAUUAGAUUCUGAGCGAAAAACGACGAGCUCUGAACGUCUAUAUUGGUUUUACUGCCAUUAGUUUUUUUUUGUUUUGCCCUCUGAAAACACACUUUUUCGACCAGAAAUCUUGCACCGACCAUCAACUUCUCGAGUGGUUUCCGGUAGUGAACUUUGUCUAGUCGGCACGGGGGUCGUUUUUUUGAUUUACCUUGUAGUUAUUAAUGGGGAAAACCCCCAUAUUUACGCAAUUAUACGUUUUCUAUUAAUUUUGAAUUUGUCUUUCCGUUGUAAUCCAAUGAAAAUUAAUCGUGGAAACCCGAAACUAACACCGAAUACCGAAAUCAUCACUUUUUGGACGUGGCGAAGUUUUCAAAACAUUCUGGCAUUUUUUAAGUUGACUCGUCUGUGUAUUUAUAACGUAAUCUAAUUUUGAAUUAAAAUUUAUUAGGGGAGGGUCCAAAUCAGUUAAAAUAUACAACGCGUUUAUAUUUUUUUAAUAAUUUCUGGGAGCUCUGAACCACCGGACACGUGUCGUGUACCCAGAAAUCCUUUCUAACUCUUUUGUGCCUAGACAUUUUAAGAUAAACGGUUUUAUAUAUAAUAAUCUCAUUUUCAAUAUUUUUCUUUAUAUAUCUACAAAUUUAACUAAAUUAUUCUAAAACUGUCGAAGAAUACCUAAAAAAAUUAAUAUUUAAAUAUCUAUAAAGUAAACAGAUAGGUUUCUAUUUUAUAAAAAUUAAGUGAUUACAGAUCGAUACGUCAGUGGUGGUAAAAUGAUUUAUCUGUUAUCUAUAAUCAAUAACUAUACUACCGUUGUCUACUACAACUGUGGUCGUAAUCAAUUUGUUUUAAACAUUUAAACAUAGUGUUAUUUAAAUUCGAUAAUUUGUAUUAGAUAUGUGCAAGAUAAUCAAAAGAUAUCAGCAGACCACAUUAUUAUACAGUAUCAAUAUCAUUUAAUAAAUGAAGUUUAAAGUUAUAUUUGUGAGUUUAUGACUUAUGAAAAUGCACACGCGGCUUUAGUUUAAGUAUAACAAAAACUAAGUCAAAGAAAGGAGGGGGGAGGGGCGAUUACCACGUGGCCCCCUCACAAAUCCACCACAUAUCGUUACACAUACGGUAUACAAACUAGACUACCCUAUAUAUAAUAUCCUACCUAACAACUUCCCACCGGUAACAGAUAGAGGUCUACUUAUUGCUAACACUAUAUCCUGUUCCUGUACGACAAUUAAUUGUACGAAAAUACCCCGCCGCAACGGACUGGUUUUUAUAAUAAUUAUUGCAUUUACGGCGGAGUUACGAGAACCAUUUGUGCAUAGACAUCUGUACAAUGUACGUAUAUCAUAUUACCUACUAAACCGUGUGCAAAACUACGUUUUGCGGUGUGUUUUUUUUUUUUUUUUAAUUUAUCGUGUGUUUUUCGAGAAACAUCGGCUGUCGUAAUACUAUAUAGGUGCGUUUGAGAAACGGGUAAUUUGUGCGAUUACAAAUGGAUAAUAACAGCUGCGAACGCGCGUGUAUUAUACGUAUCAUUAUAAUAAUAAUAACAAUAAUACAACGGUUCGUGUUGUUAAAUAAGACGUCUUGCAUAGUUGCAUCGCGUAGAGUGCAAGACACGCGGUUACAGCGGUAUAGGUUAGGUACACACCAUCCAACCGAACGUGCUUUAACCAUAAUUAUUACUACGAGCCGCAUAAUUAAAUGUAUGGGUACACGAGUAGAGUAUGCUCCUAUCCGCGGUACAAUAUUGUCGGUUUCGUUGGUACAUUGACGACGGCGAUCACCCGUCCGAACGGUUAUCCUCGUAAUCGUUCGAAUGAUUUUCUUAAAAAAUUAUAAUAAUAAUCGUUUUAUUCGUCUUCGCCUUUAUCCUACCAUUACACUCUGCGUUUCACCCUCGUACCUCCCUUAGUGUCCAUCGUCUAGGGUCUAGGCCAGUGUUUCUCAAACUUUUUACUGCGGCGAUACGCCUAAAUGUAUACUGAUGUAUACGAACGUGUACUCAGUCAUAUAGAAUAUCGUUAAAAAAAAAAACCACCUAGUAAUUUUCCCGGGUAAUUUGUCCGGGGUCCGGUAAUUUUCAAGCAGCCCGGGCCAACAAAAAAAAUUGGCCAUUAAAAAUCAGACGUAACGCUAAAAAAAAUAAAUGGGCCCGGUAGAUUCUGUCGGCCCGGGGCCCGGCAACGCUGAUCACCGCGGCCGCGCACACGUAGUGUACGUACCGUGUAUGUUCUCGACCUGGCGCUUCGUCUCCCAUUCUCUUCGCGGCGUGUCCGCGCUCGUACAAAUGUCCGCACUCCCGUACGUACGUGCGGACCGCCAACUAUGCGCGCGUAUCGAAAUCCCACACCCGGCCACGGUCGCGCGUUCGAACCGACCGUCCUGUGCACGCUACCGUCGUCUCGUGUUUUUCAACGACCGCGAGAACGUCACAGACAGGUACGAUGUCAUAACGGCCGGGUCGACGAAAAAAAAAUGCGCCGGUGUUGAAUUUACCGCGACGCGGCUGCACCGCGUUGGUGCCGGUGCGCCAGGCUCGGCUCCGGCGCAGACGCACAGCGGACGUCAUACCGUUGCCCGCGGCGCGUAUCGGAUUGUCGGGAAAUUCGACCGCGGUGUCGCCGCGUUACCUCCCGCCCCCCCUCCCCCCCCCCCCGACGAUUUCGAAUCCGUUUUCGAACGCGCGCUUGGACGGCAACAAUUAAUGUUAUUACCCGUAAAAACAUUCCGGGUGCCCGGUUGCUCUACAGUCUUACGGCGGCGUUGCGUUCUCGCGAAACGCGGGUUGCAACACGAUUGCUCGUACGGCCGCGGACGGCGCGUAAAAAAAAAAAAAAUACCACACUUAUCGGAUAUAACGAUUACGCGUGUAAAACGAUACAUACACAAUACGUAUAAUACGUAUGCACGGGUAUUUUUAUUUUUUUAUUUUUUUUAUUUUUUUUACACACAUAAUACACGCCAUUGUGUCCGCGGUUGUGAUAGGUUUUACAGCGUGCGCGUAUAGACAAUAUAUUAGGACACGGUUUUGCACACGGGUGCAAACACUCUACACGGCGUGCACGUACGCGUUAUCGUUAAUCUUAUCGGCCGAUAUUAUCUAUUUUUCUGACGAGGAUUUUUUUUUCCGCUUUUUUUUUUUUUAUUUUCUAAUUAAACACUAUUGCCCGCGUUUUAUGGGACACGUCGCUCGAGUUCGGCGAAAAUCACUGUGCCCACAUCACAAUCAGCGCGUUCUAUUGCAAUUGCGUUGGUGGCGCGUUGGAAAGCGCGCGUCAGUCGUUUACAAAUAUCCAUAGCAUUAUUAUUGUACGGGACGUAAUUUUAAUUUUUUAAUUUUUAUUUUCAGAUGAUACGUGCGGUCAUCCGCCGGUACCGGUCAACGCGAAACUCGUCCGACAGGGCGCUAAAGCCACGUUCGUCUGUGACGAGGGAUACAGGCUCUUCGGGUAACAAUCGCAAUAUUAUACCGUUUACAUUGUCCGGAUAACGUUAUCACAUAUCAAAAUGAUAAACAGUGUACUGUUGACCAACCCGAAUUGAUGGAACACGUUGCGAUCGAGCGUGUUUAUGGUUGAAAUGACAAAAAUCGGGAUGGUCGAAUAUUCCACUUUUUGUCUAAAUUAAAUGGUCCGACUCCACAGUUUUUAAAACACUAAUUUCACUCUCUACAUAAGACCGACAAUCAUUUGCGUGGUUAAAAAUCAGUCAAAAAAAAAAAAAACAACUGUGAAUUGUGAAUUUUCGUUUAAUAUGCUGUAUUCGUUUAAACGUUUAUUGCUAUCCGUGUAUUAACUCGUUUAUUGUAAACUAUGUCACUAGUACUCAAAUAAAAAAAAACCCAAACACUUCACUUUUAAACAAGGCAAUCGCGUACACCUAUUAUCUUUUAAAUUCUAUUUUAUAAUUUCCAUAGAAAAAAAAAACCAUUUUGCUAAAUUUAAUGAUAACAAUAAUUUGAUAAGUUCAAAAAACUACUAUAAGUGUAAAGAAACUAAUAUUCUUAACCACGUCAAUGAUAAAAUUGUAAGUAGAGAGGAAACGAGUGUUAUUAAAACUUUUACAUAGAAUUUAUUUUCCCAUCAUUUUUGUUGAAUCAGCUUUUUUGACCCGAAUGCAGUUCGACCAUUAACUGUUUUUGAUCACAGCGCAAUUCGAUCUUACCCACACAAAUAAAUUUUGUUUUUAUUUCCCAUAGGACCGAAUCGAUAACCUGUUCCCCGAACGGCGCUUGGACCGGAGACUUGCCGUUUUGCGGUGAGUUCGUUCAAACAAAAACGAUUUAUUGUUAUUUUGUUUUACUAUAUUAUUAUUACCGUGUUAUGUUAUCCUGUGCUAUAUUAAUGCUAUGCAUAUUUUUUUAGUUUGUGCCAAUGAGCUAAAGCCAGGGCUUAAAAUUAUGUGUAGGAAUAAUAUUUUUAAUUUAUAUUUAAUGACCAAUCAAAGUUUUGGUUCCUCUAAUAUUACGUAAUCGAAACACCUACAUACUAUAUUAUGCUUCUAUUGAUUAUUUCUAUUUCUAUGAAAAAUACAAUCUAUUUAUGUCUACGAAAAUACAUAUAAAAUUGUGUAAGAUGGCAAUUCUGUUGAAAUAAAAAUGUAAACAUAGAUUUUCGAGCGGAGUAUAGGUUUUAUUUUAAAAUUUAUACGAUUUGGUCAAAACUGUUCGCCCCCUCCACACCAUAAAAAACUGAAAUGACACCAUUGAGUUAUUAAAAUAAUAUUUGUGCGUAUAUAGUGUAUUCAUACAUUAUAUUUUUAUAAAGGGGUUGUGUAUAGGCAAUUUUAACGUAUUCCUUGGAAAAAUGUAAAAUUAAUCUAUAAGUACAUAAUAAUGGGCAUACUUCGCACGCACCACUGUACAAUGGGCCGGAAUAUGGAAUAUUGGGAUUAAAAUUUUAUCAUUAUUUCUUGUUUGAAAAUUUUGGAAAUCUAAGCGUUAUGCAACGUGUAUAAGAGGUACUCAAAAAACCUAAUCUAGGCAUAUAACGUGUCGACAAUCCAUAUCUUUUGGAGUAGCAAGAGAUGUCUCUCUUAUAUAUCUGACUUGAUGAAUUAUCACAAAUAGCAUUACACACUUUCCCAUAAAUCAUACUUAAUACCAAUUCAUAUUGUUUUUCUUUUUGAGUAACAUUUAAAUAUUCUAAUUUUAAAUUCUAAGCGGAGCUAAUUGAGUUAACUCAGUUAUUUCUUUUUCAAAUUGGUCGAAUAGGUUGACUGUACUUGGUGGGAUUUUUAACCAUACACAUACUAUAAUUAAGUUUUAUGCUAUCAUUGCUUUCGAGCCUUCUACAAUAUUGGAACAAAAGACAAAAUAAAAUACAUCACUAUCUGUAUUUUUGUUUGUAUUGCAUUUACAUAUAAGAAUUAAUGUCUGAUUUUCAAGAAAUUAAAAAAUUGUAUUUAUUUACUGAUUUAAUUAUUCGACUAACUGGGUGGUCAAGUAAACCCUGCAGGAGUUCAACUUCUGCGCGUGUUUCAGACAUACUAAUAUAUUUUUGUUCAGGAAAAUAACGCGAUUGUGCUGCUUUCAAAUUAUUGCAAGAUGGAUAUAAAUUAGCUUUUUUGCUUUUUGUUUAUAAUAAUGUAAUCUAAAAUGUACUAAAAUUUGAUUGGUUUAACAUCCAUUACUAAAGCUAAAGCCUCAUCUUCAGAAUAAGGUACAAUCUCAUGAAGGGUUACUAAAUUUGUAUCUUCCUAAUUUUAUAAGCACGAGUAGUUGAUAUUGAUUCUUUUUAAGAGCUUACUCUCGUCGUCUUUACCGUGCUUCUUAAAACUGACUUGUGUAGCAUAAACAAGUUCAUCAACAGAAAUAGAUUUUCUUAACGACUCCGCUCGUCGAUUAUUAGUCAUUUCACUGAAACUUAAAAAUGUCAUUUGAGGUCUAUGAAGGACGAAACUGGAAAGUGAAUGCUAGGAAGUUAAACAUUUGUUUGAAGCCAAUCGUAAUUUUUUAAUUCAAAACGGUCUCGUAUUCUAUAACAUAUUUUCGAUUGCUUAUCAAGCUCGUACAAGAAAACAUUUUUUUUUUUUUUUUAAAUAGUUUUUAAUUUCAACAAAAAUAUUUUCACGUUAUAUUUUAUUUUGAUUUUAUGAAUAAGAAAAGAGCGUUAGCACAAUCGUUAUCAUUUGUUGGUGCAUUUGCAAUUAAUACAUAUAAUUUUUGCCGAAAAACAUUUUUGUAUCCUCAUUGGAAUGCUAAAAAAUUGGUCCUUCUAGUGAUGAUGCUCGCAGAGUACCUCAAGUAUUUUGAUCUAUUGGUUUUACUGUUUUUUUUUUCGGUAAACAACUUUUAAAAAAAAAAAAACUUGCUCUGAUACAUCAAAUGCAGCAAGUUUCCUAAAAACCCUGGUGGCUGGAGGUGUAAGGGUAGGUAACCUAACCUCUUCUUGGAUUCGUUUUACCGACGAUUUCUUUACUUAUUAUGUACAUAUUACAUAAUAUAUUAUUUUUAAUUGUAUACCUAUACGGCUAUACGCAUCACGUUAUUCACUAAUGAGUUUUUCGUUUCUUCCUGUUGCGUGAUAAUACUGUAGUCUGUAAUAGAAUUAAUACACAAUCGUACAUUAUUUUCAACUCAUUUUCAUCCCAAUCAUAUGAGUUUUAUUUACAACAAUCGAACAAAAUAUUUGGGAACGUUAUCCUGAGUGUCUCGUGGUUACAACUUACAACACAUAAUAUUCUACAAAACAAUGUAAGACACACAUUAUCGCAAAAAAGUAUUAACUUUUACUUCAGAUUUUGUUAAUGUAGGGUAGUGUUUCGCCUCCUGAAAUAAGGUUGACAAAAAAGAGUAAUGUAACAUUUUAGAAGUACUGAUUUCCUAAAUGUUCUAAAAAGCAAAUUACGAAAAAAAGUUAAUACUUCCGAGAUAAUGAAUGUCUUAUACGUUAUGUUAAUCACUCUAAACAAGUACAUGGAUUCAUGUGCUCAUAUUCUCAGAAGCAACCGAUCUAAUAGAACCACUUAGUAAAAAUAUUAUGUUUUUGGAUAAAAUGGAUGUUUAAAAUGUUGUACAUGAUUUUUCCCCGUAUCUUAACAACUUAUCUUUCAGAAAUCUUACUUCGAUAAUCAAAUUCGGGGAUUGUUUCUGAUGGCAAAAAUCAUAAAAAAAAACACGGCAUUUUUAACAUGUUUAACCGAACUUCAUUUUAAAUCGUUGGCAUAUAGAAUUUUUUUUGUUAGAAAUUUUGUAAAAUUUAAAAAUACACUAGGUACCAAAUAAAACACAAUGUUGAUAAUUUUUAAAAAAAGUUUAAAUUUAAAUUGUUUUAUUUUAUUUUUUAAACAGGAACCAACGUGGCCGUCCACAAACCAACUAACCAGUCAACAACGGCCAGGGGCGGAAAUUCCGGGAACGCCAACGAUGGGGACUCGACUACCGUACAUGAUGGUCGUAGGUGCACAGAAACGCUCAAGGAACCGUCCCCGUGGUGGUCUGUUGAUCUGCUCCAGCCAUACCCUGUCCGAGCGGUAUCAAUUACGACCAGAGGAUGCUGUGGUAAGUACCAGAAAACAACCAAACACACACACACAGACACCCCAAAUUACACUUUAGCGUUAACCAACCCGAGAAUAUUUUUUUUUAUGAUAGUAAAUUUGUAUGUAUAAAAAUAGACACAUAAUUCUUUAAACAACUUAGUCUAUGCUCAACCAAACAUAAAAUACAUUUAUUUAAACUACUUUGCUCUUGAUUGUAUCAUCAUGGAGUAAAUAGAAUAUAAUUCAUUAACAUUAAAAUUCAACAAUUCUUGCCUCUGAUACAGGUUAACGUUAAAUUCUAUCUGCACGUCAACAAAUUUGGGAAAAGUAUUAGGCUACUGAUUGACAACAACAAAGAGAAUCGAUUUCAUGUACAAUUUUAUUUAAAUUACAAAAAAAAAAUUAAUAAUGGCGUAGUAAUAAUAUUAGUAUUGCUUUUAAUAAUUCCGACAAAAAUAUAACAUAUUAUAGCCACGGACGAGUAAAUUUAAGAAAAAAUAAAAUAUCAUCAAAGUCCGUUUGACAUCUACUUAUAAUAUAAUAUCCGUAAAUUGGCUAUAAUACUAUUAUUAUAAUCUAUAACAUGUAAAUAUGUACUAAGUUUUCUUUUUUUUAGUAAAAUAUAUGUACUUAUAAGUAAUGUGUAACCAUACCUAUAAAUAUAUGAUGUGUACACCAUCUAAUUAGUACACAUCAUCUCUGUGAUUUAAAAUGUAUAAAUAGUUUACUUUACACUAUGUACUACGUGAUUACUUACAUAGUGAAUUGGUCUAAACAUUCGACAGAUUUUCGCCAAGAUUUGAACGAAAUUCUGAUACCGAAUUUGGAAAAAUAAAACAUAAUAAUUGGUGCGUUAGAAACAAUAAAUAAAAAAAAAAAAAAAAAAAAAAAAAAAUAAUAAUAAUAAUAAACUAAUAUUUGUCCAUUCAUUUAAUAUAAUAAUAAAUUAUUCAUAUUACUUACGAGUACUUUACUCCGUAAUAGGAUAUAAUUUGAAUAAUAAUAUUUAGUGCACGGUGUAAUGACAAAUAUCAAACUACAUAAAAUAUAAGACUCCGAUAAAAAAAUACUCGCGUGUUAGUAGGUGAGCGGCCGCGGCGUUUACACAUUUUACAUUUUUCACUCGUUUACUAAAAUAUUAUAACAUUAUUAUAUUUUAAACAAUUUAUUAUAAUUACAACAAUGCUCUCUACCUGGAAAAUUUUCCCUAAAAUCCCUAAGGAUUAGAAAAAAGAAAGUUUUCAAAAUAAUAAUAAUAAUAGUAAUAAUAAUUGGGCAGUGUCGUCGUCGCGGCGCGCGCAUUCUAUUCGACGUCAGACACGUCCAAUUCCUUGAUGACAGGCCCUGAUGGAGGCUGGGGUUUCCUCAUUAGAUUUUUGCCCAACUCUGGCAGUUUCUUGAUAAGCAGUUCGAACACCUGAUCAGGUAACGUCCGCUGGAGUACGUUGAGCAGUUCGGUAGGCUGUCCACACACCACUACCGCGUUGGCCAAAUGUUCCACGCCCUUAACCACGUCACCUUGUUCCAAAUACGAUUCGCCCAUCUGCACCUCCUGCAAGAAGAACCGUUGAACGGCUUGUUGGUCCGUGAAAUCCGGAAACGCUGACUUGGCAGCUCGCGCAGCCUGUUCUUGUUCCUUAGCCAUCAACCGCUUCUUGCGUAGGUUCGAUCUAAAAUUCGGGUCGCUGCGGCGCUUACGAUCGAAAUAAAUACAGUAGCCGACGAAACACAGUCCCGCGAUGCCGGCAGCAGCCGCGCUGAUUGCCGUUUUUGAUACUUCAGUCUGAAAAAAAAGAAAUACAAACAUAUAGUACAUUUUAAAAGAAAAAAAAAUGUAUUUUUAUUUAUCGCUUCAAAUCAACCAGGACCGCAGCGGUCUUUUGGAAUUAUAAUUUAAAAACCAAGGACCUGUGAGUUGACAGUAACACGUCGCGCACUUAUCGUCAUUAUGAAGUACAAUUACAGUUUAAUUCCGAAGGAAAAUAAAAACAUACGGGUAGGUAUAAUUUUGAUACGAUCUGACCACUGUGGAAGGUUACAAAUUUGUACGGACGUGACUGGCGUGACGUUAUCAAAAUAAUGGAAUGAAAAAAUCUGUGUAGGAUUAUACUGGAUAUAAUAAUAAUAUUGUAUAGAAACGAUUCAAAAACUAGUUUCAAGGAGUAAUGAACCUCUGCUGCUCCUGUAUCGCCCACGACUUUUUUUUUCUCGUAUACACACACAGUACCUAAUUUUUUUUUAUAUAUUUUAUUCAUAUUUAAACGGAUAGUUACAACCGAGACUCGCGCGCGAAGGACAGUAUUGCCCUUCGCUAUAACUAGUUAGCAGCUCUAUACGGAUCAUUUGCACGCCACACCCAUUUUAAUUAUUUUUUUGUACGCGUGUUUGUGUACAAGAAUAACGUAAUUAACGGAGGUAAAAAUAAUUGUUUUUCUGUAAGCAAUCUUAUAAAUCAUUAAAAACGCCGAAAAAUCAUAAUAAUAUACGUAGUAAACUAAUAGUUAUUAAUACUGUUACUGGACACAAAUUUAAAGGAUAAAUAAAUCUUUCAGGUCAUAUGCCAUUGCAGGAUAUAGAAAUCAGAGUCGGUAACAGUAGCACAGAAUUGCAAAGGAACCCGUUAUGUUCGUGGUUUCCGGGAACAAUCGGUAAGAAUCGAAAAGCGCAAACUGCAUUCUACUACGUUUAUAUAUGAUAACAAAAUAACCGAAUACAUUUCAUACGAUUUUCAGAGGAAGGUACGACUAAAAUUCUAAGUUGUGCCCGACAAAUAAUCGGGCAGUACGUGUUUCUGCAACUGGUAGGCGUCGAAGGCUCGUUAUCAUUAUGCGAAGUCGAAGUCUAUUCUACAGAAGGUUAGUCAGUAUAUAAAAAACAAAUUUAUAUAGAUAUAGGAGUAGGUAACCUAAAAUUAUAUUAUAUUAUAUGUCGCUCGAGAACUCCUAAAGGAAUAACAUGCACAUAUUUAUGAGGGGGACUUGAUGAGAGUCCCACCCUUACAAAUGAUAAACUUAAUUCGUUUUCCACACGUUUUGUAGAAUUUUCCCUCGACCGCUGUGCGCCGGGAGGUACUUCCUCGCAGACCGACGUGGCCGUUUUCGAUAAUAAGUGUUAUGAGUUCAACGUCAACCGAGGCGCUUCGUUCGCGGACGCCCGUCAAAAAUGUCAGGCCGCUGGAAGUGGCGACAUAGUACACGGGUUCCGGGGUUCGGCUUCAACGUUUUUGGCUGCCGAACUAGAACGGCGCAAAUCCAGGCUCAAGACCCAAUUGAUUUGGAUCGGAGCGCAAAAAGAGCCGGGUCUCACGUCGAGGACGUGGAAAUGGGUGAACGGUAAGACCGACAAAAUUAUGUUAACUUACCACAAGUAGGGCUGUAAAAAACCGAUGAUGUAUUUCUUUGGCACGCGCACUUUGCAGUAUACAAAACUUAGGGAACUCUUAAUAAUUUUGUACAAAAUGCGCUGCAGGUGAUGUGAUAACGAAACCGUCUUGGGGAAAAGAUCAACCCAACAACUACAACGGUGAACAGAAUUGCGUGGUGCUCGACGGCGGCCGGGAAUGGCUGUGGAAUGAUGUAGGAUGCAAUUUGGAUUAUUUACAUUGGAUUUGUCAAUACAGUGAGUUGAACGGCACACUUUCACUAAUAAAAUACGAUAUUUAAUAAAAUAUUAAAUUAUUGUAAUAUUCCCACUCGUUAAAGCGCCGACAACGUGUGGAAGUCCCGACAUCAAGGUCAACAGCACAAUCAUGAGUCCGUACACUUUUAAAGUGGCGUCAGUCAUCGAGUACGUUUGUCCAGAAGGACAUUACACGCAGGGCUCGGCCAAGAGGACGUGCGGCGACAACGGAUUUUGGACCGGAUCGUCACCGACGUGCAAAUGUAUUAAGAUAAAUAAAAUCGAUUUAGUUACACAAUCAUUACUAUUAAUCUUCUUACACAGACGUCGAUUGUGGACCGUUAAACGGCAUAGAAAACGGUACAGUCAUACUGGAAGAUAACAGGACCACGUUCAAAGCGAUUGCCAAAUACUCUUGUAAUCAGAAUUACAGUUUGUCGAACGGGGACGCCAAGAGGACGUGCGCCGAAGAUGGCAAAUGGAGCGGACGCACGCCGCAGUGCUUAUGUACGUGCCACCUUCGUUUUCCCAAUAUUAUUCUUGAAAUAUACUAGAAAAUAAAAUUUAUUUCGUUUUCCUCUUCAAUAUAGUCGAUUGGUGCGGAGAUCCUACCGAAGUACAAGGAGCUACAGUCACGAUCACGGGUCACAAGACCGGGUCGGUAGCUGUUUAUUCUUGUCAACAAGGAUUCGUGGCCGUCGGCGGACAACAGGUUAGAUCGAUAUUUUUGUUUAUUUUGUAAUAUACUAAAUAAUAUAUAGAUAUUAAGACAUUAAAAUAAUUUUGAAACAUUUUUUUAUGUAGGAGUUAAAAUGCGGACUCGGCGGAGAAUGGUCAGGAAAACCGCUAGUCUGUAGAUUUGUCGACUGCGGACCGCCACAAAUAAUCGAAAACGGACUGGCUUCGUUGGUCAAUAGUACGACGACGCACGGAAGCAUUGUUGAGUACACGUGCGACCAAGACUAUUGGCUUCAACCUCACACCAGUCGCCGACAGAUUUGCACAAAAGAGGCGAAAUGGUCGGCGGACCCACCCACGUGCCAACGUAAGUUACGAUCAAACAUAAUAAAAAAAUCUUAAAAGAUCGAUAAAAUAUUGUUUUGUUGUCGGCGAUGCAGUGAUCACAUGUCAAGAACCCGAAGUACCCACCGGAGGCUAUGUGGUUGGAUACGACUUUAACAUCCACUCGAGCAUCGAAUACCACUGUGAUCCAGGCCAUAAACUGAUCGGAACGUCGAUAUUGCAGUGUAAUAAUAAUGGCGAAUGGAGUACAACACCGCCAGAAUGUGAAUGUGAGUAUUUAUACGCGUACGGACGAAAAAAUUAAUAUUUUCAGAUUUUUAUUAUUUAUAAUAGCAAUAUUUUCUCUACCUCUAAUUAUGCCACACCACUGAUUAUGUUAUAGAGUUAUUACAAUAAAUUAUUAUUAUGUCCAUAGAUAUUGAUUGUGGUAAACUCAUGCCGCCAGUUUAUGGUACAUUACAUUAUUUCAAUGACUCUACGCACCUCGACAGUGAAGUAAAAUAUAGCUGUAGUAAUAACUACAGAUUAACCGGAACAGCUAUACGACGCUGUCAAGAAAAUCAAGCAUGGAGUGGGACUGCUCCAAAAUGUGAAGGUAAAAACAACUCUUAAAAAAAAAAAAAAAAUUAAAAGUUAAAAAUUAUAUAAACAAAGGUUUAAGAGUUAUAACAAAGCAUAUUCUAUAAAUUUAAAAUGUAUUAUAUUUUGUCUAAAGAAAUAAGAUGUCCAGAACCAAUUCUACCAGAACACAGUGUAUUAUCAGUAACAGGUAAUGAUCGUUUGUACGGACGAACUUUAAUAAGAACUUCUUCUGAUGUAGUUUCAACUUCUACUUACAAAAUUGGAGCACUAGUCAAAUAUCGAUGUGAACGAGGAUAUAAGGUUGUUGGUGAACCAAUAAGUAAUUGUGACGAUACAGGAUCAUGGACUGGUGUGAUACCACAAUGUGUUUGUACGUACAGUUAUAAUUAUAACAAAAGUAAAUAUUUUAACAUCUAUACUUUUCAUAGAUGUCGAUUGCGGUACUCCUGAAAGUAUUGAUAAUGGAAAGUUCAACUUGGUAUCCAAUGUUACAUAUUAUGGUUCAGCUGUGUUGUACGAAUGCAAUGAUCACUUUCAACUCGAUGGACAUGGUAGAAGAUUAUGUCUUGAAAAUGGUACAUGGAGUUCAGAAACUCCAAAAUGUCAAGGUAAAUGAAUAAUCAACAAUUAAAAAAAGCAAAUUAAUUUGUAACACAUGUACCUAUUUAUAUUAAGAAAUAAAUUGUGAUGAGCUCAAGACCGAAAACAAUCUAUCAAUCAGGAUUACAUCAAGAACUGUUGGUGGAACAGCAGAAUACACAUGUCCACGAGGAUAUUUCACAAUUGACAAUGCCACAAGACAUUGCUUACCCAAAGGAUCGUGGAGUGGGAGACCACCAACAUGUCAAAGUAUAAAAAAAAUACUUAAAAACCUAAUAUGCAAUUAGUAAAUAUUUAAAAUUUGUUUUUAUUUUAGUGAUCGACUGUAAACACCCUGGUUUAAUAGAAAAUGGUAGGGUUAUAAUAAUGAAUGAUACAACAACUUACAACAGUGCAGCAGAAUACCAUUGUAUCCCUCAUUUUCAAAGAAUAGGUCCUUACAUGAGAAAAUGUCUGGAUGAUGGCCAAUGGUCAGGAGAACAACCUUAUUGCCAAUGUAAGUUCAAAUAUAUCAUAGCAUUUAAAUAUCAGAAUAAAUUGUCAUAAUUUUGUAUUAUUAUUUAUUUAUAAAUACACUUAUAAAAUAAUAAUGUAUGCAUAUUUUUUUUUUUUAUAGCAAUAAGUACAGCAAUAAGUGAUACUAGAACGCUAGGUUUAGCGGUUACUGUUGGAGGUGGCAUCGUUUUAUUCCUAGUCAUACUUCUCGCCUUAAUUUAUUUAAGAUUGUAAGUAUAUUUAAAAUAUAUUUUUGUAAAAGAAACAAUCAAUUUAAAAAUAAAAUUGUGUCAAAAUAGAAAACGUCCAACUCCAGUCAAAAAUACAGAAAAUGUCGAAGGAGCAGUACGUAAAGAAGAACAAAAUACGGCGGUUAUGUCAUAUGCUUCAUUAAGUGAUGUACAGAAUCAUAUUUACGAUUCAGUAACGGAUUACACAUAUGAUGAGCCAAACAGCUACUAUGAGACAUCACCGGUCUCUAAAGCAAAAUCAGACCAUUCAGGGGCCACAGUAACUAUUAAUGGUGUAGCUAUUCGAUAAUGUUCCAAAUUAAUGAUUUAAGAUAUAUUUUAUAAUUGUGUAUAAAAAUCUAUAAUUAAUGUACAGUUAUAAGUAAGUUAGAUAGUCGAUGCAAAAAAAGCACAGGAAAUAUGUUUUGGACAUGUUAACAUUUGAUAAAGGAACUUUGUUCAUUUAUUUGUGUAAAAAAAUGUAAUUAUUAUUUAAUAUGUAUAACUAGUGAGCGCUGUGUUAAAUAAGUCAUAUGUUUUAAGUAUUUUAUAGAUAAAUAAUAUGUUUUGUAAUCAAUAUUUGGUUAGUUUUAACUGUAACUAUAGUUAUGGUUAAUGGAAUAAAAUAAAACUAUAUAUUUUAUUAGAAUGUGAC